GAAACGAGCAGAAGCCGGAAACGGACGCGUAUAGCUGCGCGUUCCGUAGGCGGUAUGAAUUUUCGUGGUGGCUAGCUGCGAGGAACAGAGGUAAAAAAGCAGCUCCGAGCGAGUAAUGUCGACGCCACCGAAGGGCGGAAGUCCUGCCGGCAGCCGGACCAGCCCUGCCAGUCCGGCCACCCCACGUGGUGGCCGACUACGGGACAAAGUCAGCUUCUUCGAGCAGGUCUGGUCCGGAGGACGGACUGCCAGCUCCGAAGAACUGUACCACGAAUUGGACGGCAGACGUAACGUCGCUCACUUCCGCUCCCCUACAAACCCUAGACCAUCGUCAAGGGCUAGCGAUUCGUCGUUCGAGGAGAGCUUCGAACGACUCGUAGAAGAGGGUGAAUUGAACGGUUCGAAGGUAGUGAAGUUCGAGAAGAUCACGGUGAGAAAAAGCGUCAGAGAGAUCGCCAGCGGUGAAUCUCAUCAGAGGGUACUAGCGGAGACCAGCAGGACACCGAGCGAGGAACACGCCCUCGAGGACUCGGCUUAUCAGAGUCACAGUCACGGGGCGCCGAGUCACGGAAGUAAGUCCAGCUCGGUAACCUCCUUCACCAGAUUUCCGUCCGAGGAGAGUUUGUCGCAGAGGAGGGGCAGCAGCCCCCAACAGCAUCCGGACGAUCGAACACCCUCCGAGUGGUACGCCGAGUAUCAUACUCAGAGCUUCCAGAACGUAGCUGCCAGGAUCGAAUACGUACGCAGUAAAAGCGAAUACGACGCGCACAUCGCUGAGAUUAAAGAUGAACAAGAACGCGUACAGAAGAAAACUUUUGUCAACUGGAUAAAUUCUUACUUGUCCAAAAGGAUUCCACCUCUCCGAGUGGAUGAUCUGAUCGAUGACCUUAAAGACGGCACCCGUCUUCUCGCCUUGUUGGAAGUUCUGUCCGGUGAGAAGCUGCCGGUUGAAAGGGGCCGUAACUUGAAGAGACCGCAUUUUCUCAGCAAUGCCAAUACAGCUCUUCAAUUCCUGCAGAGCAAGAAAAUUAAAUUGGUGAACAUCAAUUCGUCUGAUUUGGUGGACGGACGACCGCCCGUUGUGUUGGGCCUGAUUUGGACCAUAAUUCUAUACUUCCAGAUCGAGGAGAAUACCAGAGCUUUGGAGUAUCUUGGGCACACGUGGGGUAGUCAGAGCAGCCUGGAGAGCCUCAGCACCCAAGGGUCAGCUACCAGCGAGAGGAAACGCAUCAGCAGCGAAAAAUGGAAACAGGGGGCGAGGAAGACUUUGUUACAAUGGGUCACCAAUGCCCUGCCGAAGGACAUAAAAGUCCGCGACUUCGGCGAAAGCUGGCGCGAUGGCAACGCCUUCCUGGCCAUCAUCGACGCGAUCAAAGCAAAUCUGGUGAACAUCGCAGCUAUGAGAGAGGCGACGAACAGAGCUCGUCUAGCGACAGCUUUCCACGUGGCUGAAUCGGAGCUUGGCAUCGCCAGGCUCCUCGAUCCUGAAGACGUCGACGUUCCCCAACCAGACGAGAAAUCGAUCAUGACUUACGUAGCUCAGUUUCUGCAUAAAUAUCCGGAACCAGGAUCCACAGCUUCCGACUCGUUCGCUGCUGUACAGCAAGAAUACGAUAGAUUGUUUAAUUGGCUUAAUGAGAAAGUUAGAUACCUGGAACAGAUGGAUAGGGCUAAUUCUUUCCCUUUGAAUUAUGGAGAUUAUGGUGCUUUGAAAGGGGAAGCUGAUCAGCAGCUGGGGGUGUAUAAUAAAUUACAACGCCUUGUUGAAACACCUAGCAUGAUAAGCAUCACUAGAGAUUCUUGGGGACAUAUACAGAAUUUGUGGAAAACUUUUGAAAUCCUUAUGCUUCACUGGCUCUGGAUCCUAGACUCCUCUUUACCAGGCGAAUUAGGGGAGGUUGGUAAAUGGCUGGGUCGUGCAGAGGCUCUCUUAAUAUCCGACAACGACAUACCCGAAGAAAUGACCGAAGAAACAGCCAACAUAAUAUCAAACAAGUUGGAAGAUCACAAGAAGUUCUUCGUCGAUCUACCGUCCAUGACAGAACGUUUCCAAGCAGCUCGAAACUCUCAGCUCGCCUUGAAAGUUCCAGCCCAACAGUUGACCAAUAUGGCAACUCGAUUCGAAAGCUUGCCAGAUCGCGCUGCGAAACGUAGAAUCCGACUAAAGUUCCUGGAGCACAAGUGCUGCCUUAUUGCUUUCUUGUUCCUAGUCGAGACGAAGUUGAAAGGAUGGAGCGUGAAAUAUGGCACCGAGGAGAAGGUGCACCAGAUGCUGGAACAGUACAGAAACUUCGUGUCUCGAAACAGAAUCUUUCAGGAGUUCCAGAAGGCGUACUUGGACAUGCAGCAAGUCGUCGAGGAUUAUAAACGCGAAGGAAAUGUUGACAAAGAAGAAAGCGCAAGUAUCGAUCGUUUCAUGAGAGAAACCAGCGAGAAAUGGAAGAGUGUCUCCAUGGACCUUCGUUGCGUGCAAAGUAUGCUGGAGGAGGUCGUAGCCUACUGGCGUCGCUGGAACGUCGUCUCCGACGAGUUCGAAGCCUGGUUGAUGCGAGCAGAACCAGCUCUGAACCUCCCAGAAGAAGAAAGAAUGGAGUUCUUCCAAGAUAUAAGCGUUUGGAAGGACAAACACCAACAGCUAUCCGACACAGUUACCUUCCUCAUCGCCACAUCCGAUGAACCAGUCGCUCUGCAACUGAAACAACGUUACUCGAACCUCACUUCGAGAUGGGAGUCCCUGUUCCAGGAAGCGAAACAGUACAUGCGUGCUGGGGACGUGAUACGAAACAGGAAGGACUACAGAGCUGGCGUGGAGACCCUGCAGAAGUGGCUAAGAAACGUCGAAUCAGCUUUGUCAGCCACUGACCUAACCACCACUGAGAAGAUCAAAGCCUAUGGCGAGAAACUACAAGUUUUCCAUAACGAGGUGGAAGGUAUCGAGGAUCUCUUCAAGAGCAUCAGCAAGAAAUUUCAAACGCUCAUUCAAGAUCUAUCCCGUGAUGAAGUGGACAAGAUGAUGAACACCUUGAAGAAAGAGAAAGAAGCUCUGGUCAAAGUACGAGCUUUAAUUCCCAUGCAACUACAUUUAUAUCAUCAGUUGUUGGUUCAACAGGAAUCCCUGGAAGCUGGACAAAAAGAAAUUGCUACUUGGUUGGAUGAAGCAGAGAGGAUGUUGAUGAGUAUCGACUUAUCUGGAGGCAGAGAAUACAUCCUGGCUCAGUUGGACCGUCACAAAUCCUUCUUUUCAAGGACUCUGUACUACAAAUCUAUGUUGGAAUCCAAGAACAAGGUUUUCACCAACAUUGUGAAGUCUGUGGACAGCCAUGCUGAUGUUAGUACAGCAGAAGGUGGCAAGACCCUGAGGGAACUCAACGAACGGUUCAAUAAAGUGUCCCAAGCUGCUCAGGUUUGGGAACUACGUCUGCAAGAAGCUGUCAGAUGCUGGACCAAGUUCAAAGAAUGCGAGAGACAAGUGUCCGAAUGGUUGUCAGUAGCAGAGACCAUGAUCAACGACAAACAUACCGACAAUAGACGAUCCAUAGAGUAUCACAAGAAUUUCUUCAGCAACGUGAGCGAGAAAUGGAUCCAAGAUUUCGCGAACGCUGCACAGGACUUGAAGAAUAUCCUGCCUGUUGAACAGCAAGCUCCAAUCGUGGAAGCUGUGGAAGCUUUGCAAAAACGUUGGAAGGAAGUACUGACGUUUGCUCCUCUUCAUCUAAUGAGACUCGAGUUCCGUCUUGACGAGACCACCUUCCUGCAGUACCUGAAGGGAAUCGAAGUUGAGAUCAACUCCGAGCAACAGGCUCUGAUGAAGAAUGAUAACGUGGAAAGUAUACUGCAGAGGAACAAGGAGUUCUUCGUGAAUCGUGGCACAGUGCUGGAAGUGGAGAAGUGUUUGCAGACCCUGAAGAAGAUCAGUCAGGCGUACAGCCAACUGCAACCCAGUGACACCAGUUUAGCCGAGGCUACUCAGAAUGCUGAACGUUUGUGGGAGGAAUCUGCUCAGAGAGUGGAACGUUUGAGGGAUCAAUUGAAACAAGUGCCUCAGCAAUGGGCUGCUUACAAGAAGAAAUUCGACGAGAUGGUUCGAUGGAUGGACCACGUGGACAGCAAUCUGAGAAGCAUACUACACGAAGUGAACACGCUGGAGGAAUUCGAGACAGAGAAAACAAUAUUCCAGAAAAUAUGCCGAGAAGCAGACAGCAAACGCGAGGAGAUGAAGUGGUUGGUUCAAACCUUGGACAGUCUGACCUCGAAUCGUUCAGAUCACGAAGCCCUUUCAGAACAGAAUCGUCUCGAGCAAUUGAUCACUCGUUACAAGAAUCUGAUACCCACUAUUGAAAUUACCAUGACGAAAACCGAUAUCUACUCGAAGAGUUACACGUACAGAAAGGAGGUACGCGAGGUGUGCACUCUUCUGCGCAAGGUUCGUGAUCAGUCCAAGGUCGACGUGGUUGCCGAAGGUCCGGAGACCCUGCAGACCGCACUGUCCCAUCAGGAGAGUCGCCUGAGUAAUCUGGAACAGCAGAGACCAAACAUCGUCAGCAUGUUGCAGCGUGGAAAAGAUCUUCUAAAGGAUCAACAUGCUCCUCCAUUCGUAUCCCUCGAAGUUCAGCAACUGGAAUCCAACUGGAACGACACGUACGGUCAAAGUGUAGAGACCUUGAAGACUCUGAAGAGCACUCAGAAACUGUGGAACACUUAUACAGAACAAAAAGAAGAGAUCUUGAAGUUGAUCGAGCAAGCCGAUGAAGAACUAAGAAAGAUCGAUUCGAAGAUCUAUUUCAAUGCUUCCGAAGCAUCCUCCGAUCUUCAGAAUAAGCAAGACUUCAGUUCUACGUUGAGGAAAUCAGCCGAAGAGUGGAUGAAGAAGCUACAAGAAACGUACAGUCAGCUGACCGACGUGACACCCCCAGAGAAGAGGGAAGUUCUGAAGAAAGAGAUCACGAUUACAGAAAAACGAAUGGAGACCACUAUAAAGACGGUCGAAGAGAAGGUUGUUCAUUUGCAAAAGCACAGCACCAGAUGGAACAAGUUCCAAGCGAAAUUGAAUGAAUUACAAUCGUGGGCUCAACAGAGGACACCGCAAUCGAUUUCUGACGCAGCAAACCUGGCAACGUCCCCCGAAGAGAUGGUAUACAGGACGGAGAGUUUGCAAAAGGAGAUUCGAGAGAAGUACAGCGUAUUGGAGUUCCUCGAACUGGAAGCUGAUCGUCUCGUGAAAGGCGAAGGUAACAGACUCGAGAACAGACCGCUAAGCAGUGAGUUUUGCAAGCUCGAGAAGACCCUUGAAGUCUUGAAGAAGAGCAUCGUGGUUCAACGACAGAGCGCUACUGAAAAUCUAGAAACCUGGAAGGAGUACGAGAAGGGAAUUAAAGAAUUGAAACCGUGGAUCGAAGAGUCGGAAUCAAAGGCUGCUACCAUAGGCAGCAAACCUACCACCUUAGCUCAAGCAACUCAGAUGCUGGAAGCAGCCAAGGCUUUCGAAAUACGAUGCCAGCAACACUUCCCUAGAAUUCAAGAUUUAUCACUGAUCAGUCAACGAAUGUCAGGUAGGACAUCAGCAUCCGACGAAGUGGACGCGGUUCACACUCGGUGGAACGCUGUCCACGACACAGCCGUGCAGACGACCACGAAGUUGGACAAGUUGGUCACCUCAUGGAACAGCUUCGAGUCUGAGAUCAAAGAAUUCAACGAGUGGCUAGAAAGAUCCGAAAGAACGGUACUCGUGGAGCCUAACACUCAAACUCCUGAGGUAUCAGUGUUGGAGAAGGAGUUAGCACGCUUGAAGGACUUCAACAAGAGCAUAUCCGAUCACCAGGCUCAAUUAAUCUCCCUAACUCAGGUGUCUGAUCACAUCAGCCAUGGUUUGUCUCUGGAAGGAGCGUCGAACUUGAAGAGUCGAGUGUCUGAUAUAAAAUCCAGGGUCAGUAGACUGGCAGACACUGUCAGGUUGCAGAUCAACAAAGUCUCUGAUUCCCUGUUAGCUCGUCAAGAGUUCCAGAUGAAGAUCACCGACUUCGAGAACUGGAUGUCACGAUUGAGGUCAAACAUCGCUGAAAUCAGUGAUGCUAGCGUUGACACUGUAGACACGAAUCUCCAGGCUGUGCAUGCUUACAUUCAGGAGCACUUUGAGAAACAGCCGAGUUUUGCAGCCAUCUACGACGAGGUCAAACAACUGUCCUCGAAAGGAUCAGUUAUGGAAGCAGCUGCUUUGGAUGAAACUUAUACCACCUUGGCGAAGAAGUACAAAGCACUGGAGGAUGACUUGCAGCAGAAGAAGAAGGGCCUGGAGAAGUGGAUAGAAUUGCUCAGCUGGUUAAACGAUGCGAAUGCUCAGUUGAGUCACUGCAAAUACGAAGCAGAGGCUAGGAAACCAACUCUAGCUGACCUCGAAAGAUUCUCUUCAGAGUUGCAAACCAUCUACGAUAAAAUAGACAGCUGGAAACAGCACGUUCUACCUGACUCAGCAGUGAGUAUCCAGAUUAGGGAUAAACAAGGAAAGCCUCUUUCAGCGGCGGAUUUAUUAAACGAUCUGGAGAACAAAGCUAUAGCCUUGAAGAAUGAGAUAUCCGCGAAACGUGACAAGUUGGAGAACCUCGAUGCCAGGUGGAACAACUUCAGAAGCUUGCAGCAAGAAAUCACUGAGAAGAUAUUGAACACUCAAACAGCUCUUCAGGAAACAGUUUACAAUGUUGAUUCUUGUAAACAAUUAGCACCUGCGGUGGACAAGAUUGAUCGAUUGAUCGAGGAUCAUCAGAAGAGGGAGCAGCAGAAAGAGAUUCUUCAUUUCGAGGGUAGUUCCUUGAUGAAGGAGGACCAAAGAUCGACGACUAACAUUCAGGUAGUUCUAUCUUCGGUCGAUGCUAAUUGGGAGAAGGUCAAUGAACUUCUACGAGAACAAAGGAAGAAAUACGCCGACAUGAACACAGACUGGAAGGCGUACGAAGAAGCAAAACAGAAGCUGAAGAAGUCGAUCGAAGAAGCAAAGACUCUGUGCCGGUCAGUCAAAGGGAUACCUUACGACGUCACCCAAGCGAACAUAGCUUUAGAGAAGCACAAAAAGGCAUUGGAAACCUUGAAGAAAGGCAAACAAUUCUUAGAGAAAAUGGACACCAAAGCGCAACAGCUCAUCAAGGAAACAUCUCUGAUGCCUAGAUUCGACUCCGACUUGAUAGAAACAGACUUGACUGAAUCUCGACAGAAUUAUCAGGACAUUUACAAUGACAUCAGUGAAAAAUUGCAAGCAUACGAGACUCAAGUGAUCAUCUGGAAACAGAUAGAAGAAUCCAAAUCAGAACUAAUCACAUGGCUGACUAAUACCAGUGACGUUUUGGCUUCUGCCAGCUCACGAUUGGUGGAUGCUGAGACUUGCCACGCGACCUUGGCAAGAUACCGCGAAGAACUGCCAGGUUAUCAGCAACUGUACCGAAAUAUCGUCUCCAAAAUCGAGCAGUUAGUCAAACUGAACGAUAACAAAGAAAUCCCUACAUUAAACUCUUUGCACAAAUUAUUAGACGAUCAAUUCCUUAUGGUCACUAAUUAUGCAGAGAAGCUCGAAUCUCUGACGUCGACCUUGAAUGAAAGAGAGAGAAAUAUCAGGCAGGAGAUGAAGAGAUGCGGUGAUUUAAUUUCAAAGAUCAGAGAGGACAUCAUCAAGUGUGAUGAUUUAACUGGCGAGAAUACUAAGAUUUUAGGCAGAAUCAACAAGUGUCAAGAAUUGAAAACAGAAUUAGAGCAGUGUGAUUAUGCCUUGUCGAAGGUCGAAGAGACCCUGACGACCAUCGCCACAGAAUACCAGGGUAUCUUCAGAUCGAGUCUGCCUAAAGAGCUUCAAGCUCUUCAGCUUCGAAGAGACGGCGUGGCCAGCCACGCGAACAAAGUGAUCGCAACCUUGGUUGCAUUCUUAACUAAACUCUAUCACGAGAAGUUUGGAGCUCUUCAGCGUAUGGUGGUGACACUGAAAGAGAAGGUGGCUUGGUGCGAACCCGAGCAGAGCAGCGAUCGUUACAAUCUCGAAGUAAAAAUGGCCUCUCUGAUGGACGUGGAGGCUGGUAUCGCUGAUUGUAUCGCUAGAAAAGAGGACACCGACAAUUCCUUGAAGCUUCUAGCGUCUGUGGAGAGCGCGGAAACGAUGGAAGACUUGAAAACCGACAGGGACAAGGUCGAGGGGGACCUGGAGUCCCUGAAGUCUAGCUUCGGCAAGAUUAAAAACGAUCUAGAGCGAAACAUUGCGCUGUGGCAGCGAUACGAGCACACCUCGGAGAGUGUUUUAUCAUGGUUGAAGGAGAAUGAGAAUAAAAUCAGAGCCGAGGCUUCGGCAUUGCUGAACCUGGAGGACAUCGAGCAGAAGAUCUCAGAGAUGAGCCAAGCCCAGAAGACGGUGAUGGAGUAUAACGCUGAAUUGAAAGCACUCACUGCUCUAGCUGAAGACAUCACCAAAGUCAGCUCCGAAUCCAGAGUGAACCAGUACAUAGUACACCUGAACACUCGUUACGAUUAUGUCCUGAAGUUCCUUUCCCAAUACUUGGACAGGCUUAAAGAAUUGAAGGACAACAGGGAUCAGUAUAUCGCGAACAAGAAGAAACUCGAAAAAUGGAUCCAGAAUGCCGAGAAGACUCUGAAAGCAUUCGAUGAAAUCACUGGACCAAAGCCUAUCACUUUCUACCAGUCUCGUUUGAAGGAGUUGAAAGCGUUUGCUGAGGAACGAGAAGUUGGGCAAGGUAUACUGAAUAAAACCGCUGAAGCAGGCGAAGCUCUCUUCGCCAGGAUCACUCCUGAUCAGAGAGAAACAAUCAGAGCCGAGGUGAGGAACUUCCGCAACCGAGUUGACGCCAUGGCGGAUCGCGCUAACGUGAUCUACAAGAAGAUAGAGAGUGACAUGAUGCACAGAUCGUCGUUCGAAGAUAAAUUCUCGCAGGUGAAGCAAUGGCUGGUGGACGCUCAGAAUAAAUUGGGCGAGAAACAGGAACUGCUACCAACUUUGCAGGAGAAGAAGUUAGCUCUUCAUCUGUUCAGAGCCGUGGCGCAGGACGUUACUGUUCAUAAAAACAUUCUUCAGCAGCUUCAAGAGAGACUGAGCACAGCACCCGACGACGAUGCCAGUGAAAUGCUGGGGAACGUGAUAGAAGCCUACGAGAAACUGUCUAACGAAGUCGAAGGAAGGAUCAAUAUCGCAGAGAAACACGUUUCCAACCACGAAGCUUAUUUCCAGACUUUCGAGAAGACUCGCGACUGGAUCAACACAGUCAUCAACGAAGGUACACCCAUCAUCGAGGACUUCUCGGUGGAAAGGGACACUGCUCAGAGCAAGAUCUCGGCGAUCGAGAGUCUGUUGCAGCAAAAAGCUGAAGGGGAUCGAAUCUUAGCUGACUGCAAUCAACAGAUGAACAUAGUUCUCGAGCAGACAUCUAUGCCGGGUCAUUCGGCGCUGAUAACGAAUUUCGAGCAGCAGAGCAAGAUCUGGAAGGACUUCCUGAAGAGAUGCGUCACUGCCAGGGAUAAAUUGAAACAGAUGUUCAGUCAGUGGUCCGAGUUCGAGAAGAUAGUGGAAGGUCUGGAGGCUUGGAUCAAGCAGAUGGAGACUCAGCUGAAGGACCAGAGUCUGAAGAGCACCGAAGAAGCAAAGAGGUCUAAUCUGCAGAGACUGAAAUCUCUUGAAGAGAGCAUCAUCGCCAAAGGCAGUGAAUUCAACGCCGCGAUCGAGAAGAGUCAGAGCAUCGAAGCUGAAGCUGAUCUUGCUACCAGAGUCUCCAGGCAAACUACUAAGUACCAGGCUAUCAAGAAUCAAAUUAAGGAAGCCGUGAUGAGAUACGAGCAAUUCGUGAAGGAACACCAUACCUUCAACUCGAAGUACGAUCAAUUAUUGCAAUGGAUCACUGAUAUCCAGUCAGAGCUGAAGAAGCACAGUGAAAUCGUGGGUGAUUUAUCGGUUUUGCAGAGCAGACAGAAGCUUGUUCGCGAUCUCGGUGACACUAGGACGAAGGAGAACGCUCGUUUCGAGUCUGUGAUCGAUCUAGGAGAGAAAUUAUACGUCCACACGUCUCCUGAUGGUCGAGAGAUCAUCAGACAACAGCUGAGAAACUUAAGAACCUUGUGGGACGGAUUCUCCGAAGAGCUCCAGAAUACCACGCAGAAGUUGGACCAGUGUUUGAUGCAAUUCGCAGAAUUCUCCUUGUCUCACGAGCAACUAACUGCCUGGCUUCGAGAUGUCGAACGAGCUAUGCAUCAGCACACUGAAUUGAAGUGCACUUUGGAAGAGAAACGAGCACAGCUUCAGAAUCACAAGAUCAUGCAUCAGGAGAUCAUGUCCCAUCAGUCUCUCGUUGAGAACGUUUGCGACAAGGCUCAGCAAUUGGUCGAUCAGACCAAGGACACGUCUCUGAACGUCUUCCUACCUUCCAUCAAACAGCUGUUCCAUAAUAUCGUGGCUAAGUCGAAGGAUUUAUUAGAGAAUUUAGAGGACUGCGUGGAGAAACAUCAUCGUUUCAAUCUCCAGGUGAAGAGUUUCUCGGAUUGGCUGAAUGGAGAACGAGAGAAGCUUGCAGAAUGCAAUGACGUCACUGGAGAACGCACGGAUAUCACUCGAAGACUUGCUACUUUGGCGGGUUUGAAGGACGAUCAGAUGCAGGGAGCAGAAUACCUGGAGAAAUUAAAAGAACUCAGCGACAUUGUGAUCAAAAGAACCGCGCCUAAGGGUUGGGACACUAUUAAUAAGGAGAUUAGCGUUUUGGAGAGCAAUCUUCGACAAUACUUGAGCGAAAUAGAGUCAGUGGAGGAGAAGCAAAAAGCAGCCUUGCAAAAAUGGCAGGACUUUGAAGAUAAAUUGGAGGCACACACUAAGUGGUUCUGUGCCAUGGAAGCUGCGUUCAGAGACCAGCAAUUGCAACCCACUUUACAGGACAAGGAAGCUCGUUUGCAGACUUUGAAAGAGAAACGCGACGCCAUACUGAAAGAAGAAUCCAAGAUUGAUGAGUUUGUCGACAAGUCUCAUAGUUUGCUCCAUGCCAGUGGCGUUGAUCGUAUAAAACCUCUGAUCUCCCAAAUUAGCAAGAGGUACCAAUUGUUACACGUCCUCAGUAAAGAGGUAGUCACUCGAUGCCAGACCAUCGUGGACGACCAUCGUGCCUAUGAAGAAAAAUUGAAGGUCAUCGAUGCCUGGCUCACUCAGUUGGAGCAAAGUUUAGCCAGCCUGAAGAAGGAGGAAGCUGGUGGGAACCUGGAAGAGAAGGUUUCCCGUUUGCAGAUCCUGCUCGCUGAGAAGGAGCAAGGUGAACAUCGACUGGGAGGUCUGAUAUCCUUUGGAGAGAGAAUCCUAGCUGAUACAUCGGCUCAGGGACGAGAACUGAUUCGUCAUGAAUUGAGACAAGCUCGAGAACGAUGGGACAAACUGGUGGAAGGAAUAGCUGAGCAACAGAAGAAACAGGAUGCUCAGUCUUUGCAGUGGUCCAAUUAUCAAGAGACUCUGCAACAAAUUCUGGCCUGGUUGGACACUAUGGAGAGGUCUGUGAAACAGGACUCCUCGAUCAUCUGGUCGUCUCUUCAGGAAAUUAAAUCGAAGUUGCUGAAGAGCAAGGGAAUGCAUCAAGAAAUCUUGGCAUACAAACGUAUCAUCGAAGGAGUCUCUGAGAAAGCCAAUGCUCUGUCUUACACAGCUCAAGCACCAUCUGACGCUCAACAGAAAGCUGCCUCCGUUUCCGGUCGAUACGAUGACCUGGUUGAGAUGUCGCAGAAAAAUAUAUCCAAUCUGGAGACCCUUCUAGACACGUUCCAACAAUUCUACGACCUUCAGAAAUCCUAUCAGGAUUAUCAGAAACAGCAAUGGGAACAGUUAGCCAAUUACAGUGAUUACACAGGAAACAAGGCUGCUCUUCAGGCUCAGUUGGCUAAGAUCAUGGAACUUCAAGAUGGUCAAAGAGAAGGAGAAUUGAAAUUAAACAUCCUCAGUGAACACGUAGCACAGAGUGCUCAUAAUUUAUCCCCUAGAUCAUUAGAAUCCAUGGAAAGAGACCUGGCUACGUUAAGAUUCGAGCAGAAGAAGUUUGCUACUGCGGUGAACGAUAUUAUUCGGUGCAUCGAAGAGAGAAUCCAACAAUGGAGCGAGUAUGAGAAUUCUUUAGAAAGAUUGUUAGCCUGGUUGACUGAUGCAGAGUCUUCUUUGAAGAAUUAUUCGUUGAAGAAUACUUUGGAUGAGAAACAGGAACAGCUUGAAAAAUAUCAGGCACUACAAAAAACCGCCUUGUCGUGGGACACGGAAGUGACGGAACUGGUGGCCCUCGGCGACCACCUGGAUCAAAUAUUGAUCGUGAAUCUCCGGCAGAACGAGGCCGAAUUCGACAAAAUGAGUGAUGAAUCAUCAGAACUGAUGCAAAUCAGUGGUGAAACCAGGUUCUCUGCUAGUGUCCAGCAAAUCACCUCUCGUUUCCAGUCCAUCCAAGCAACUGCUAAGGAACUGGUGAAGAAAUGCGAACAAGCAGUGGCAGACCACGCAGCCUAUCUAGAACGCUACAAACAAUGCUCAGAAUGGCUAGCAAACACACGAGUCACCUAUCAGUCCAUCAAAGAAGACCUCAGUGGCACUCGUCUAGAACUCUCCUCGAACGUGGCAACCCUGAAGGAUCUUCUAGCCCGCCAAUCCUCUGCAACUCUCCUCAUAAACAACACAGUGGAAGCUGGAGAGCGAUUGUACCCUACGACAGGCAUGGAAGGCAGAGAAAUCGUUCGUCAGCAACUCUUAGAUCUUCAGCAAGCCUUCGAGGAACUGUACGACGGCGUAGCCUCAACCGAACGUGAAUUACAAUCCAAGAUCUCACGAUGGUCAGGUUUCGACGAUUCCAACGAGGCAUUCGAGAAGUGGCUGAAGACCAUCGAGGCUCAACUGAAACCAGAAAUAGAGCUAAAGACCACCCUGGACGAGAAACGAGCCCAGUUGCAAAUUUAUCGCACUUUCUUGCACGACGUACAGUCUCAUCAACAAGACCUACUCGAUCUUCGCGACAAGGUUGACAAUCUUCCCGAUUCCACCGACAAGGUGCAUCAAACUCUGAAAAAACUGAACGACAGACACGCUACAGUGCUGAAACGAGCCGCUGCAUUCGUUGAAAGGUACGAGGGCAUCGUCAGUGAUCAUCAACAAUACAGCAAGGCUGUUUUAGACACCCACGAAUGGUUAGACGCGACCCACAAUGCGGUUAUCCUUUGGGGUGACACAGAACUUGAGCGAGUGUCUCUUCACACGAAUCUUGAUCGUCUGAAGAACCUUCUUCAGAGUCUACCCGAGGACAAACCAAGGGUUCAGCAAAUAAGGACACUGGGAGAGAAGGUGAUCCCAGGUACUUUGGAGUCUGGUCAGAUUAACAUUCGUUCGCAGAUAGACUCGUCUCAACAAGAAUGGGAGAGCUUGGUCACAGCUGUGAAGUCUACUAUCGAGACUCUGGAGAACAAACUUCAGCAAUGGAACGAGUUUGAGACGUCGAAGGAGAGGUGUCUAGCCUGGAUGAGGGAAACCGACACGAAGCUUCACGCUGUCGACUUGAAGCCCACUUUGCAGGAGAAGAAGGAGCAACUUGAGUUCCUGCGUACUCUUCAGGGUCAAGUUCGCGCCAAAGAAUUAGAGAUCGACGCAGUCACAGAGAAGGCUCAGCAACUUCACAAGAACAUAACUUCUCGUACUACCCACAUGUCAGAACUGAGCAUCAAGUACCAGCAGAUCUCGAACAAGGUCAAGGACUUGAACAGUCGCUGGCAUCAGUAUGUCACUACCCAUCAGGAAUUCGACAACCAGAUGGCAGAGUGUACCAGAUGGUUGGACGACAUCAGAAAGAAACUGGCUUACUGUUCAGACUUGGGUGCAUCCUCGCAGAAGGACCUGGAGAACAAAAUGGAAAUUGUUCAGGAUCUGUUGCUUUACAAAGAGGAUGGUUUCGCGAAGGUUCAAGGAAUCGUAGAGCUAGCGCAGGCUGUCUUAGCGAACACUGCACCGACUGGGCACAAAGCCAUCAACGAUGCUGUUGGAAAGCUUCAGGAACAGUGGAGCGCUUUGGCCUCGAAGAUGUUGGAGACCAAGACCAACCUGGACGACUCUAUCAACAAGUGGGCUGGUCUUUUGGAACAAAUACAGUCCAUGAAUAAGACAGUGGACUACAUGGAGACGGCCUUGAACGAAUUCAUACCCUUCCAAACAACCAUGUCCGAGAAGAGGUGCCAGUUGGAACGUAUAAAAGCUCUUGAAGAGAAGGUCCGAUGCGAGAACAUAGAAGUGGACAGUCUGAAGAUCAAGGUCGCUGAGAUGAUCGCCAGUGGACCUCAAGGCUUAGCCGCAUCACAGGCCCAGAGUAUCUUAAAUAGAUUUGAUACGUUGUUUGAGAAAAUUAAAUCAUUGCUGGUGGAAAGAGAAGAACAGUACAAGGAUCAUCGACUUUACAAGGAAGCUCACGAUGACAUAAUUAACUGGUUGAGUCGUGCUCGAGAAAAGAUCGCAUCUAUGAAACAGAGACCUUUGAGCGAUAAAUUGGCUAUCGAGAACGCUGUCGCUCCUUUAGAAAGCUUGUUGAAUAAGAAGGCCCAGGGAGAGUUGCUGGUGGAACAACUUCAGCAUACUGAGAAGGUCGCCAGCGCCAGUACUAGUCCUCAGGGUCAAGAAAUCCUGAAGAAGGAGGUCCGAGCUUUGACUCAGAGUUUCGAGGAAUUGUUCAGAGAAAUCAAGCAGCAGAAGGAUAAGCUGGAACAAACCGUCAGUCAAUGGCGCGAUUACAAGGACGAAUACGAAAGACUAAGCGAUUGGUUGCAACAAUUCGACAUUCUCAUUAAGGCACAGAAGAACUCCCUGCUACCAAACGUGAAGGAGAAAGAGAAGCAGGUGCAGGAAGUGAAGGAGAUACUGGAGAACCUGCUCAAAGGACAAGAGCAGAUCGAUAGGUUCAAUAAGACAGCCUCGGGUCUGCUCUCCUCUCACCUGGACACUUACAUAAACAACCAGCUGCGUCUUUUGAACUCACGAUACCAGGUUCAAGUGAAUCUUGCUAAAGACGUGUUAAACAAAGUGGAGACAAAUUUGGCCCAGCACAAAGAGUACGAGGCUAACUUGGCGAAGACACGCGCGUGGAUAGAGAACGCGAAGCAGAUCAUUCGGAAAGGAACGGAAGCUGCCUCAACCAGUAGUCGCGAAGAAUUACAGAACAGACUGGAUAAUAUUCAAGAGUUGCUGAGGAAGCGAGAGGAGGGUCAGAACCUGGUACACCUAACUGUGAAUUGUGGCGAGAAGGUGAUGAGGAACACCAGGUCGGACGGUCGCGAAGAGAUCAACGCACAGCUGAAGGAGAUCCAGAACGACUGGGAAAGACUAGUGAAGAAGAUUUCGACCACCAAGGUCCAUUUGGAGACCAGUUUGCUCCAAUGGGCAGACUACAGCUCGUCUUAUUUGCAACUUCAGCAAUGGAUCAACGACAGAGAGGCAAAGUUGCAGCAGGUCGCGACCAGGAAAGGUCUAGCUGGACUGAGUUCCUUGGCCAUUGGCGAAAGGAAGGCGAACUUGAGGCAGACCAACAGUAUCGUCCAGGACAUCGUAGCCUUUGAACCCAUGAUACAAUCUGUCACUACCAAGGCGGAGGAUCUUCGGCAGGCUACACCAGCCACCGAGAUCUCGAUCAAAUACAAGACCCUGAGCAAACAGGCGCAAGAAUUAUACGCGAAACAGAAGGAGACCGUUGAGCAACAUCAAUCCUUCAUCGACAGCGGCAACGAGUUCAUUCAAUGGAUACGAGCAGCUAAAGAGAGACUUGGGAAGUAUUCAGAACCGACAGGUGACAAGGAGUGUCUGGCGAAUAAGAUCACUCAAUUAAAGGUUCUCCAAAGCGAGUUACCAGAGGGUCAGAAGAAGCUGCAGCAUGCGUUGGAACAAGGAAACGCUGCUUGCCAGAUCGCUGACGAAGAAGACAAAGAAAUAAUUGAAGAGAAAGUAGCGUUGUUGCAGGAAGAGUACGAUAGCUACGUGGAUUCGUUGAACCAUACGAAGAGCUUAUUAGAAGAAGGCAUCGUCCUAUGGACUGUAUACGAAGAUCAAUUCUCUGAGGCAACCGAAUGGCUCACUCAGACUGAACAGCUGGUGCAAUCCUUCAACAAGUUACAGGAUAGCUUGGAGGAGAAGAAGAAUGUCCUUGAACAAUUCCAGAUUCACCUGCAGACGUUGUUCGACUGGCAGAAGGAGCUCGAUGCUUUGAACAUGAAAGCUCAGAUACUGUUGGACACCUGUGCUGAUACCAGGGUCUCCAAUGCUAUCACCCAAUUUACCACUAAGUACAAUGCGCUUUUAUCUCUGGCCAAGGAGAUAAUGAGACGAUUGGAGCUACAUUACCAGGAACACCAACAGCACAAUACCCUGUACCAAGAGUGCCAGGACUGGAUCGAGCGAACUCGAGACAAACUAAGCGAGUGCAAAGAGAUUCCAAGUACCUUAACCGAAGUGAACAAUAAAUUACACACCUGCAAAGCCAUCAGACAGUCCCUGGAACAAGGUCAAAACAAACUGCGUUACGCUCUUGAGCUCAAGGAAAAAGUAAUCAUGAAUACGGAGCAAAACGGAGCAGCGAAGAUUCAGGAAGACACAGAGAACCUGAAGACAGAGUUCGAAAAAUUGCUGGUGAAUGUAGAGGAGAUCAGGCAGAAACUCGCAGCAAGGGCAACCGCGUUGGAGGAGCUGAAUAAGAUCCAUCGACUCACUACCGAUUGGAUCGAGGAGAUCGAGGGCAAGAUCCAACCGGGUGAAAUGUAUAAGAAUGAUCUGAGCGAGAAAAAAGCGGUUUUGGAGAAGUAUAAGACAGUGCAGAGGGAUAUUCAAGGACACGGUGAAACAGUGGAUCGUUUGAAGGCUCGUCUUGCUGAAGACUCCAGCAUACCAGUUGGUCCUUACCAAUCUACCAUCGCGAAAUACGAUGAAUUGAAUAAACUGAUCGCUGAGAAGAUAAAGAACCUGGAGGAGCAAGUGAACGACCAUGAAAAGUUCCAACAAGCCCACAACGAGGCAGCCGACUGGGUUCGACACACAAAGCUGGAAUUGCAACAAAACUGCGACACCCAUGGUGAAAAGGAUCGAAUCAUCGAAAGGGAGAACAAAGUGAACCAAAUCAUCGCUUCCCUUCCCAAAGGAGAAAAUUUGAUCUCUAAAGUAAUCCAACUAAGCGACGCUGUAAUUGCUAGUACCGGCCCGGAAGGCCAGGAGACCAUCAAACAGGAUGUGAAACAGUUGCAAGCAAACUGGAAAUCCUUGCAAGCACAGUGUCACGAGUCACAGAAGACCUUGUCCAAUUGCAUCUCCAGUUGGUCUCAAUUCACAGCUGCGUUGGACAGCAUGAAGAGAUGGAUAGAUCACUUCCAGAAGAAGGUGAACGACGAACAAGCGAAGGAGAACAAGACUCCGGAAGACCUGGUUCGUUGUAAGAGUCUUGUAGAAGAAGCUAUACAACAGAAGCCUGUUCUGGAGGAUUUGAAUGAUAAAUGCGAAGCUCUGUUGGAAAUGAGUGCCUGCAGUUGGGCUCGUGACAAGACUGUCCAACUGCAGUCUGCGUAUACAUCGUUGCUGACGGACAUGCAAGGUCUAGUUUCCCGAGUGGAGAAGAAUCUUUCUGAUCAUACAGAAUUCCUAAAAGCGAAGAAGGAAAUGGAAGAGUGGUUGCGUAUUGCACGAGGGUCGGUGCAGGAUUGCAUGGGUGUUGGAGACGUUGAAUGGGCGAAAGACAAAUUGGAGACAAUUAAAAUCGUCGCAACAAGGAUCACAGAGGGCCAACACUUGCUCUCAACUCUCCAAGACGCAUUCACAAAGGCAAUCGACACCGCAGUCCCCGAGCAACAGGAGCAAUUAAGAUCAGACAUGGCCGGCCUCCUCUCAAGCUGGGAACAAUUAAGCAUCGACCUGAACACAGUUCAAGCGCAGCUGAAAUCCUUACUGAAUCGCUGGGAAGAUCACAGCGAGGCUCAUGGAAAAUUGAAACGUUGGUUGGAAGAAACAGAGAAGAGUAUCCAAGAGCUGCCAGACACGAAGGGAGAAUUUGGCGACAUGAAGACGUUAUUGGAACGUUAUGGGCAUAUCAAAGAAGAGGUCCGAAAGAAGAAAUCCGAGUUGGAUCAUCUGAUGGAAGAAGCCGAAGAAUUAUCAAAAUUGGCAAAGAAGAACACACCUCUGGAACAAACGAAAGAAUUGUUGAAUCGUUGGCAAAGUUUAAGUAGCACCGUCGACGAAAGAGAGAAGCUGAUCGAGAAUGAGAUACAAGAGUACAACGCUUACCAGGCAGCCUUGCAAGAGACCGGAAGUUGGUUGUUGCUGAUAUCCUUCCGACUGAUGGGCCACAAUUCACUGUACAUUACUAACAAAGAGCAAACGGUCUCGCAAAUUCAGCAACACGAGAAUUUACUAGUCGAGAUCGAGAACUACGCGAGUGUACUCGACGACCUGAAGCUGAAAGGAAACGGGCAGAUCACUCGUUACGUGGCUGCGAACCCGGAAAUCAAAACCAUCAUCGAAACCCAGCUGCAAAAUAUGCAAGAGAGUUACAAUUCUCUACUGAACACCGCGUUGCAGAUCAAGAAACGAUUAGCCGAGUCACUGGUGAAAUUCCAAGAGUACGAGAACACUUUGGAGAGCAUCAUGAAGAACCUGGACGCGUACGAGCCUGAAAUCGCUCAGGAAAUGGAAGCGCCGUUGGAUACUCUUGAAAUGGCGAAACAGCGAUUCGAAACAGCGCGGACCUUGCACAAUAAGCUUCAAGGCGAGAAGACGCGAUUAGCUUUGGCGGUGGAAGCUUGCGAAGCCGCGGUCGCGUGCGUGUCCAGACCCGGAAGUCCUCUGGAUGCUCCAGCUGUUCAGAUCCCAGCGAGGGAGGUGGAGGUUCGGAAUAAACUCGAGGAAUUGAUCGACCAAGCGCAAGGGCAUCUGAUGAACGUCACCAAGUCUCUGCACGAUCUCGAAGAGCAGACCCGACAGAAAAACGUCCUUCGAGCCUGGAUAAAUCAGCAACGAGCCUUGUGCGCCGAAUGGAAGUCUCGGCCAGCGAAAUUGCGUUCCGAAGCCGCGCACGCUGAAUUGCAGGCGAUGAACGAUCUUCUGGGGAACGUUGGCGAACGCAGAACGCACGCGUUGACCGAGCUGUCCCUCCACGAAGGCGAUCAGGACAUCGAGGAAGGUCUGAACAAACUGGAAGCGGAAUUGACCGAUGCCAUAGCUGGAAAACAAGCUGCUCAGGAUUUAAUUCAAAAGUAUCGCUCGCAAGUGCAAACUGUUCAAUCCUGGUUGGACGCAUUGUCGAAGAAGGUGGACGUGAUCGAGAAAGGCAACGGACAGACGAUCGGACAGAAGAUAUCGAGUGUCAAAGAGAUCACAGCUGAGUUUGAAUCUCAAGGACCUGGGAAGUUGAACGAGGUGAAGAGUCUCGGUGAUCAAGUGAUGGAUUCCGUGAGCAACCUGGAUUCCCAGCAAAUCGAGGAGCAGAUUAAAUCGGUGGAGAGAAGAUACGCUGAUAUCGCUAAGAAGCUGCAGAGAAAGGGACAGGUGCUGGACAUGACAGCUCAGGGUAUAGAAGCGACAAGACAGGAGAUUGAAGAGAACAGAGAUUGGAUACAGCAAAAGGAAGAACAGGUUCAAUUGUCGGAACCAGUGGGAUAUGAUAGCAAACAGGCUGAAGAGAGACUCCUGGCUCUAAAGGCAAUGCUGAAGGAAGCUGAAGGAAAGCAGCUGGUGAUCGACACCUUGGAGAAACGAGUUGGAAACAUGCAAAACGAGCUGGAAACCAACGAGCAGCAGCAAUUGGAGAACGAGACGAAAGCUCUACGCGGAGAACAGGCACAACUCUGUACCCUGUUAACCGAAGGAAUUUCUACAGCUACCGCUGCUGCUGAUGCUCGUCGCAAAUUCGAAGCUGAUUUGGAACGCGCCCGAGCUUGGAUCAAAUCUAAGAGCAACAACUUGAAGAAACUCAGCGGUUACUUACCUCUGAAGGCCGCGAAAGUGGAGCAAGAUAUCGUACAGCACAAUGAAUUGGAAUCGGAUAUCGAAUCCUUCAGCGAGAAAGAUCUUAAUGAUAUUUUGAAGCAUGGACAUAAUUUGCUGAAGGAAUGCAACGACGAAGAUCGAGCUAAAUUAGAAGGUGUCUUGAACGAAUUGAAUAAGGACUACGAUGAGCUGAAGAGCGAAGCUCGUGAGAAACAGGCAGCAUUGGCGGACCUUCUUCAGGGUCGCAAAGCAUUCGAGAGUGAAAUGGAUAAGUGUAAGAGAUGGGUUAACGAAGCUGAAGUAGCUAUUUCUUCGGAUCUACGAACGUCCAGUAUUGAUAUUCUCCGAGAACAGCUUGCUAAGUACGACCGUCUGAAGAAGGAAGCCAAGGACUACGCAGACGACAUCGAGAAGAUCCUUCAACAAGGAAAAUCCAUCCUGCCAACAGUGAGCGACGCUGACAAGUUAGAAUUAAACGAGCAGCUUCAGAACAUGAAGGAAGCACACGGGAGAGUAGCUGGAAUCAUAAACGAAAGAGCUGUCGCUCUUCAAAAGAGCAUCGACGAAGCUGAAGAAUCAUUGGCACGAGUAGCCGAGGCAGUCCAGUACAUGACCGACGUACAGAAAGAGCUCCACGAACUUAACAAACCGAUUGGUUCUCGCGUCGAAGACGUCGAAGCCAUGUUAGAUGCUUAUGAAAGGAUCUUGAACGAUCUGAAAGGGAAUAAGGCGAAACUGUCUGAUUUACAAUCGGUCAAUGUUGCUGAUCUUCAUGGUGUGUUGACGCAACAGGACGAUCUUAUAAAAGCCAUUGAGUCUCAGAUCGCCAAGCUUCGUCAGUUACUUUUGUUAAGGCAACAAUUUAUCGCUUUGAUUACCGAAAUUACCACCUUCAUCGCUAAGUAUACAGAGAUUGUCAGGGACAUUGAGAACUCCGGGCAAACCAUAGAAGAAAAGAUUAAAAGGUACGACGAUGCAAUCUUGAAGAUUCAAGAAUGCGAAGCCACCCUCGCCAGUGCAACAGACAAAGGCCAACAGAUCGCAGCGGAAGGUUCCACUGCAGAUAGAAACAACAUAACAGAACAAUUGCAAUCAUUGAAACAACAGCUUCAGGGUCUAAGAAGAGCCGUGGAGACUCAGAGAGAGCAACACGAGUUGGCAGCAGCAGAGCAUAAGAGACUGGCGAAUGAAUUAGCUGAGAUUCUUGAUUGGUUGGAGGAUAAAGAGAAGGAAGUAAAAUCCAGACCACUUCUGGAAAGAGAUCCAACCAGUGUCGAAGCUGAGCUGAAGAAGCAUAACGAGCUUUGCGAGGCUGUGAACGACCAUCUGGAUAGAAUCAGAAAUCUAAAGAACUCUAUGCCUUACGAAGAAGGUAUGCCUGGGUCGUUGAAGGAGAUGCUUAGCGAAGCCGUUUCUCUGUUGUCGUCUUUGCCAAGGGAAAUGGAGGAACGUGGCAAUUAUUUGGAAAGUAACAUGAAAAUGCGACAGGAAUAUGCUGCGUUGACUGAUAAGCUUCGAAACUGGGUUCGUGAAGCGGAGAUCCGGUUGGAAAGCGACAAGGAUGGGCUCGAUUUUGAGAAUAUUCUCAGUGAUCUUGAGGAACACAAGAUUUACUUCAGCAGCGAGCCCUCCAUUCGCGAAUUAGUGUCUCAACAGAUCCAGCAAGCAGCCGACAAAAUCUGGCCAUCUCUGAACACCUCCGAGCAAGAAGAGCUGAGCGCGGAACAACAGCAGCACACUCAGUUGUUGAAGAACACUUUGAACACUGCUAAAUCACAUCGUGCGAGACUGGAACAAGGUGCUGAAACCUGGAAGGAUUACACGCAAACUUUGGAGCGUGUUCGAGCUGUCAUCGCAAGAACAAGAUUCACUGAUGAACCUGUCACCACUCUAGCUGGAUUGCAAUUCAAUAUUCAGAAAAUCACGCACGCUCUAAACGAUAUACAAAAUCAGCAAUUCGAAUUGGAUCUCCUAAACGAACGCAGUCGCGAGGUGCUUCGAUUGGCUGAUGAUAAUAAUAAAAAGACUAUAGAGGAGCAAAUAUCUGAGAUCAGUUCUGAAUGGAAAAAAUUGGUGUCUGGGUUAGAAGGUCGUAGAGAUGCUUUGGAAGCACUGUCGAAACAUUGGGAAGACUUGGAAACGCAAUGGUCUCUCAUUGAAACUCGUGUGAACGCGAUUGAGGAAAAGAGCAGACUUUUGGACACUGUGAUUCGGUCGAAGCAGAGCUUGCUCGAUACCAUCAAAGCUCUACGUGAAUUAGUGAUAGAAGCUGAGAAGCUGAAACCAUUGACAGAGGAGGUGAAAGCCCUGACAGGACCUGUUCUAGCAUAUCUAGCUGCCUUCACAGAAGCUGCAGCACUCGCACUCGAAGAGAAACUGAAGAAAUUGCAGAAUUCCGUCGAAUCGCUCGUCGACUCUCUGCAGAAGAAAUCGAAGAAGGCGGACGAGGACUUGGAGGCGUUCGAGAGCACCGAGCGUGAGAUCGAGCACCUGAGGAAACGUCUGAACGAGGCGCGCGAACGCGCUUCGGGAUUUUACAUAUACGGACCGAAUCAGGACUCUACCGAGGAGGAACUAGAAGCGUUAUCCUCGUCGGUCGGCGAGGUGCUGGAGGAAGCGAAAAAAUUCUCAGGAAGCACUAAGGCGCGGUACCAAGCUAGCCAGCAGCUUGUCCCCAGCGAUCUUGCUCAACAUUUGACCGCUUUGGAACUUUGCGCCGAAGCGACCGCUCAAGCGAUGGAGGAGAAACAGAGGGAACAGAAACGUGCCCGAACCGUCAGGUCGGAUUAUCUUACCGAUCUCGACGAGGUUCAAGCGUGGAUAAGACAGGCGGAACUGAAGGUACAGGACAGAUCCAUCGAACCGAUCCCUCUGAAGGAGCAAUUGAAACAGGUGCAAGACGAACUGGGCACGAUCACCGACAAGCUCGAACGAUUAACGAGAAACGGCCGUACCAUCGGCGAGAACACGAGAGACGAGACCGAGAAACAAUUAAUCGACAGCACCGUUCACAACGUUACCGAACAGUUGAACCAAGUACGAACCUGGCUGGACAGUAGGAAACAAGUGGUGGCUGAUACCAUCGACGCUUGGCAGAGAUUCUUGACCUUGUACGAAGCUGUGAAAACGUGGACAGAGGAGAAGAGACAGUUCCUAGUUGAGCCAUUGAAGCUCAGCACCCUUGUGCAGGCCAGGCAGAGGCUGCACGAGUACUCGACAGCCGUAAAGAGCUGCAAACAAAUCAACAAGAAUCUCAGCGACAUGGGAAAAGAGCUCGAAAGUAUCGGUCAGGUGUGCAGCGUGGGUGAUUUGCCCGAGAAAUUGUUGGAAGCUGAAGAGGCGAAGGUUCAGGUGGAAGGUCAACUGUUGGAAAGGAACGCGCUGCUGCAAGAAACAAGCGAGGAAUGGGAGCAAUGCGAACGAAAAUUAAAAGAAUCGAGAACGUGGAUCGAGAAAGCGAAACAAAGUCUCGAAUCGCAGCAAAAUAAAAAGAAACCUUUAAGGGACCAGCAUAGUAUGCGUGAGAAAAUGUUAAGCGACGUGGCGAUACAGAAAACGAAAAUCACUCUAUCGAUGGAGAAGCUUCAGGUUCACUUCCGUUCGGGUAUCGGCGGUGAUAGAAAAAUUGGUGAUACCGUAGACGAGUUACUGGCUGAAUUAGACGAUCUUAACACCACUGUGAAAGAACAGACGACAUCGUUAGAGGCUUGUUUAGCGCAGAUCGAUCAAUAUCAACAGGAGAUACAACAGUUGAGGCAACAGAUAAUGCAGGUGGAGCAGCAACUGAGGACGGUAUUGAGCCCUACUUACCUGUCCAACGACAAGGAGAAAGCUUUACAGGAGCAACAGCAGAGCCUGCAGCAAAGGAUGGACGAAUGGAGGCAACGGAGCAAGAUACUCAUGGAUCAAAUAUACACCGUGGACCCGUACUAUGUACAGAGCAACGAGAAUCGGCCGAUCAAUCAAGUAUCGUACGCGGACAUCGCAGCUGGUCGUACCAGUCCGAGUUCCAGGGGUUCUAGCCCCUUCAGAAACCCACGGGACGAAACGACCCCUCUGUCCAUUCAGGUGUUGAGACCGACCGCCCAAUUAUCCAUCCAGAAACCGGUUCUUGCACCCGAUAGUUCACCGUCUCGAGUCGUUAGCGGCAAAGAAGAAGAGGCGAAGGUGCUCGAAGAACCAGAGGAGCCAAGAGAACCUGAAGCGAAAGCAACGCAGCACGUGUCCAAGAUAGACUCCGUGGAGACUACGCCUAAAUACAGAGCCCAAUCUAGAAAAGCGACCUUCGUUAGAAGAGAAGCCGAAGCGGUUAAAGAAACAACAACCGUGGAGAACGUUGAAUCUCCUAGGUUGACGAAGAGAGAACCGAUGUCGCUGAAGAACACCUUGGCACCCAAAGAAGAGAGGAGAGGUAGAUCGGCAAGUCCUAUCUGGAUGCCUGGCUUGACUUCCUACGCGGAUAUUCUUCGUGGAAGCAGACAGACUUCCAGAAGUCCUUCGGUCGAGAUCGGCAAGGGUGCUAGAUCCAUCUCCAAGGACAAUCCACCUGAUGUGUCUAGCUCGGAAGGUGAACAGGAGAAGGUUGACCUGAAAGCUCCUACGGUUGAAGUUGAAGAACGAACCGAAGAGAUUGUUGAAGAGCAACCGAGUCAGAUAGUAGAGAUUUAUCAAGAGCCUGAAGUUGCUGAAGUGCAAACUCCUGAGAAAGUUGCUGAAACGAAAACCAGCUGGGCUGAUGAAGCUAUGGAAGACUAUGUCAUGUUGAAUGAAGCUGGUUAUGAAAACGUGGCAAGACCUCAGCCAGUACCAGAGAUGUACAAUUAUAUUCAUCCACCUAUACCGGAACUGGUGGGUUACAUAGGCUCUCAGAUCGCGUAUCCGGUUAGUUCCUACGUCUACAUGCCGGCUGCGCCUCAGCAAAUCGCUAUGCCUCAUUACCCUGAAAGUCAGAUAGCCUUUCCGGCGGAACACUACGUGGCGCAGCCUAGUUACGUACCGGAAACUGAGAUCUAUCAGCAGAAUCAGUUCCAGAAACAACAACCGAGGCAACAUCAUUCAUCCAAGUUCAAGAAUCCAACGAAAUCUCCGAUAACGGUGCAGAAUGUUGAAGAGAAGUGUCAGGCACCGCCUGGUUUGGAAGUGCAACCGGUUGUCCAACCGGAAACUGUCGAACCUGAAAAGCCAGUGGAACAGGAACAACCUGUGUCGUCUUCAGACGCGAUUAAGCAGAAGAAUGCAGGUUCCAGUGAGAGUAAAACCUUUUCCUAUGCUCAGAUCUUGUCUCAGGGACUUAGUACACGACCACCUGUUACUAGUUCCGUUUCUUCAACAACGAGUUCGGUGCUGAGACAGGUGAAAGAACGAUCUGGUUCCCCAGCAACCUCGACAUCCUCGGUGCACGAGCACAGUCCUCCUCAGGAUGUGAGACAGACGAGAGAGUCUUCUGUAACUAAGCAGGAAACGAGACAGGAAGAGUGGGACACCACGAAGAAACGGGAAGGAAGGAAGACUCAUCAGGAUGCGCCUAAAUCGAGGAUUCCUGAGAAGAGAGCUCGAAGGACACCUGAGAAGUCUCAAGAAAAGUCUCAGAAAGAGAAGAAAGGUACUGUGGAGCAGAGGAAGGAAGCACCCGAAGUGAAGAGCAGAGAAACUUCUAUAGAUAUUUCAGUUAGUUCUGAAAAGAGUGAAGCUGAAAUUAAAAAGGAGAAACGAGGCGAUGUUGGUCAGGAAAAGCAGGCAGAUGUUGAAAAGGAGAAAGAAAGGGAGAAAUCAGAAGAGAAACAAAUAGGCAAAUCUCAGGAGAAGAAACGAAAGACGAAGAAGAAGAAGAUGGAGAAAACAGUGGACGAUGAGAUUGAGAAAGCUUUGAAGGAAAUUGAAGACAUGGAUAAGCAGAAGAAGAAUCAGAGAGACAAAUCGAAAGAACAGAUUAAGGCUAAAGAUACCAGUCAAGAAAAAGCUAAAGAAGAAAGUGAAAAGAAGAAUGCGAAGAGCAGCGAGAAGAAGAAGCAGAGUAAACAGAAGGUUGAGGCGAAGGGUAAGGAUGAGUCAGUGAUUGCUGAAACUUCGAUGACUCAGUCUACCAUUAAGGAACAGAUUAAAUCGAAGGACGAUGCUAAAGAAAGCAAAGACAAAGAUUCUGAGAAGAAGAAUGUUAAAGACGACGUCAAGGUGAAAGGAAAAGAAACAAAAGGGGAAGUUCGGAAGGUUGAGCCUGAAAAUAUUGACACAACUAAGCCUGAAGUAAAAAUAGAACCAACGAGUGAAAUUUCAGGGAAGAAGGUCGAGGUGAAAGAAGAAAAGAAAGAGCCUUCGUCGAAGAAGAAACAGAAAGGUAAAGCUAAAGAUACGAAGGUUGAAAAUGAUGCGGAACAAAUUAAAAAAUCUGUAGCUGUUGAGAAAGAACAAGUAACUAAAAUGGAAGCUUCUAAAAAUGCUAGAAAUCUGCAAGAAAAGAAACAAGAUGAGUCGAGGAAAGUGGAUGAAAUAAUUGAAACUAAACUUGAAUCGAAGGAUAAACCUAGUGAACCAAUAAUACCGAAGGAACAAAAUAAACCUAAAGAAAAUGUAAAAGGUAAGGGUAAAAAGAAAGAGCAGAUACCUAAGAAACUUACACAAGAGAAGGAUUCUGAAGAGAAAUCAGAUGUAAUGAAAGAUAAUAAAGCAGAAGAAAUAAAAUUAGACACGGAUGUAAAAAUACAAAGAGACAAUAAAGGCAAGAAAGCAACAGGGAAAAUAGAGAGAAGAAAGAGCGAUGAAAUGAAAAAAGGUCAGAAGAAAGAUGAAGUGAAAUCUGAAGUUGAAUCGAAAACAGACAUUGAAGAAGAACAGAAAGCUGCAAUGAGUGCAUUAGAUCGUGCAAUAGAAUCUGGGGUAGACAUUAGAUCCAGAGAAUCAAGUGCAUCGAUAAAAUCAGAGGUACCAACCCCAGAGAAGGUAGAAAAAGAAGAACUUGCAAUCAAGAAAUCAGUAAAGGAAGACACAAAGAAACUCAUUGAAUCAGAGAAACAGACUAAAGCAAAAGAUAAAAAGAAGGUGAAGAAAGAAGCUGAUGCUGGUCUGAAAACAACUUCUGAAGCAGAAAGAAUUCUUAAAGAAAAUGUAGAUAAGAUUGAAGAGAAAUCAAUAAUUGAAGAAAAGGGUGUUAGCGAACAAACUGUUGUAGAAGAAAUAAAGAAGGAAAGUUUGGUGCAAGAGAAGGAACAGCCAGAGAAAAAGAAGAAGAAACAUAAGAAAUCCAAAUCACCGAUGAAAGGAAAGAAAGAAGAAAGUUUGAAACCUUCCUUAUCAGUAGAAGAAAAAGAACAAUUAAAGGAAAGAGAUGAAAUAGAAGCAUUAAUGCUUGAAUUGGAAGAAAAGUGUGAUAAUAUUAGUGAAGUUAAACAAAUAUCUAUAAGUGAAGAAAAAAUUGAAAGCAAAUCCACAGAAAAUGUCGCUAAAACUGAGAAGAUUGAUCAAGACGAAAGUUCACAAGAAUUAAAAGAACAUGGUGAAGAUAAGGUAUCUUCUAUUAAAGUCAUUGACAAUGAUUCUGUUACUGUCCCUGAAGUUCCAUUGCCAGAAACAUCCCCAAAACAAGAAACAGAUGAACCAACUCCUACUCCAUCAAAAGUGAAGAAACCAGGUAAAUCAAAAGAGAAAAUUACCGAAAAUAUUCCUCCAACCAGCAUCACUGAACCCAAAGAGGAACCUAAAACCAGUCAACCGGGUACACCAAAGCUGGAGAAGAAGAAGAAAAAGAAACAAGAACACAAAAACAUAACUGAAGAAAAGACAGUUACCACAAGUGUAGAUCAGAAAGCUGACAUCCAAACCGAAGUAAUUAAAAAUGAACCCCAAGAAUUAAUAAUCAAAGAAACUAUUAAAAAAGAUGAAGUACCAUCAUCAUUGAAAAUUGAAGCUCCAGCAGCUGAAGUUAAAACAGAUGCUGAUGAAACUUCUAAUGACUUGAAAAUUCAUGACGAAAAAUCAAAUAAAGAAGAAACGAAUGUCCAGACUUCAGAUCCAAUUUCACCAGUCGAUUCAACAACAGGCAAAGCAUUGAUCAUCGAAAAGACGAUCACAACAGUGACGACAACAACCAGCAUCCCCGGCUCUGUGGAAGUGAAACCACCCGAUGUGAAAUCCGUGAAAUCCGUAGAGAUCUUAGAAAGCAUCCCCUUACCCAAGAUCGUAGGCUCCAAACCCACCGAACUAAUCACCCUGCGUCCCGAAACAGUAGAGGCUAGCCUAACCACCAGAUAUGCUAGGGUUGCCGAUGAUCCAGCCGUUGGUAUUCCUUCGAAAGAAUCGUUAGACACUUUAGGAGACAAGUCGAAUUACGCGAUCUAUAUCGACAGUUUGACUGGUAAUGACGAGCCAAUUCUGUUUGGUAGCGUUCAGGAUAGGAGGAGAGGUCGUUCUGGGACUCCUUUGUCGCCUAGAUCUGUAGGAAGCGUAAAGGAUGAACAGGAUUCUGAUGCUUUAGAGAAGGAGCAGGGAUCUAAUUUAGAAGUUACACAAAAUGUUAAUGCUGAAGAGUAUAGGGAAUUUAAAUCUGGACAUCCAGAGAUAUUGAUGUUGAAGUGGGAGGGUGGAAUAGGAGGAGAAAAGGGGGACAAAAGUGAAAAAGUGGAAGAGAAUGUUAGGGAAGAUAAAUCGAGUUCUAUUGUUGAGGAGUCAAUUAGGGAAGAAAUAAAGAAAACAGAAGUAUCUCAAGUUGACGAUAAAGUAUCUAUUAUUGAUUCUAAAUAUAAAAAGGAAGAAACUGUGCCCAUUACUAAGGAAUCAGUUAAGGAAGAAGUGAAGGAAAUAAAGGUAAUUGAAGCUGAAAAUGAAGUAUCUAUUAUUAGCGAUCAAAUAGAACUUCCAGAAGUUAAAACACAUGAUUCUAAACCAAAAAUGAAGGAUGUUAUUUCCUAUUAUUACGCAGACCUAAUUAAACCGUAUUGGAUUAAUUAUCACAAUUACAUGGAAGCUGAAAAUGGUUUCUAUAAAAGUUUCAAAGUAAUGAAGGUGGAGGAAGAAAAUGUACCUCCUUCUCCACCUCCAGAAUCCACAAGGAUUGAGAAAAUUGUUCAGGAAUCGGUUAUGAAGAAGCCUGAGAAGGAGCAGGAAGAAGAUAUAGAAGAAUCAGAUGCUGAAUGUAGGAAACGUGCUUUGAUUGCUGAAUCUGUUAAAUAUCCUGUUUGUACGUUCUAUGAAUUGGAAAGUGAAUGGGUAAUGUCUAAGCAGAGGAAAGAUAAAGAGAUUUUAUCUACUUCUUCUGAAGAAUCUAAUACCAAUAGUGUUAUUGAAAUCAAGAAAGAGGCUUUACAGGUGCAACCAGAAGAAAGGGAACCUUUGAAGUCAGUAACCUCUGAUGCUGAAGCAAUUCCGAAAAUAGAAAAAAGUGUCGAUAGAUAUACAGUUAAAAUUACUGAGGAGCCUACAGACGCAGCUUUGAAAGAUCAAUCAAUAGAGAAACUCGAAGUCACAGAAGUCAAAGAAGUCAAAGAAGUCAAAGAAGUCAAAGAAGUCAAAGAAGUCAAAGAAGUCAAAGAAGUUAAAGAUGUCGAAGAGGUCAAGAAAGUUAAAGAUGUCGAAGAAGUCAAGGAGGCUAUUAUUGAUGAUAAAGCAGUAACUGAACAUAAAGAACCUAACGUGUUAUCUGCUACCAUUAAAUCUGAUGAUGUGAAUAAAAGAUCUGAGACAGCAAAAGCAGAGAAAGAAAAUGAAAAGAAGAAACCGGACGCCCAGAAGAAACAGAAAAAGAUGGUUGAAGAAAAGUUAAAAGUGGAAACGGAAAAACAUAAACAACCUGAAGUCCCUAUUGAAGAAGCUAUUAAAGUAGAGCAACCACCACCAAAAGUUGAAGAAGAAACAAAAUCUAUAACUGAAUUACCUGAAGCAGAAAAAGUUAAAGAAGAAAAACAACCUGAAACAAAGAAAGAAGAAAUUAUUGGAAGUAUAAGUAUAAUUGAACAGGAGUUAGAAAAGAAGUUUGCUUCUGAAAAGACAAAAUCUUCUAUCGAGUCGAAGAAAAAGGAUGACGUUAAAACACCAACGAAAGAAGAGAAGCCUUCACUACAAGAGAGUAUUACCUUAAUCGAAACAACAACAGCGGAGACAUUAAUGACUGGUAAAGUAAGUGAAAAUAAAACAUCAGAAAUUAUGUUGAAAGAAGAGAAGGAUAAACCUAUGGACAAGUCUAAGAAGGAAGAUACAAAAGCGUCAGCAAAAUCAGGAAAGCAGAAACAGUCGAAAGAAAAAGCUGAUGGUAAAACAAAAUCAAUACCAGAAAAGGAAGCAAAGAAGCAAGAUAAACAAGAAAUUAGUUCACCAGAAGUAAUGAAGAAACGAGAAGAAAAAUCAAAGAAAGAAAACGAAGUUCCAGAACCAACACCCAAAGAAACUGUAAUUGAAAUUUUUGUAGGAGAAGACAAAAAAGAAGAAAGUCAACCUGAAAUGAAAGACGUCCCUAAAGAAGAAAGUCAGUCACCAGUUUGUACCAAAUCUUGGGCAUCUGUGGUUGGUAUGAAAAGCGCCACUGAUAUUACUGUCCCUGAAGAAAGUCAACUAGUUAUAACAUCCCAGGAAUCAUUGAUGGAAGAUCUGAAAAUUGAAAAGGUGGAGCAGGUGGUUGAAGUUGCAGCUGAAGAACCUCAAAAUCUACCAACACAGCAGAAAUCAGCGAAACAAAAGAAGAAAGAUGCGAAACAAGAAAAGGGGGACAUUGAAUUAAAACCUUCUGUUCCUGUAGCAGAAAUUGAUAAAGAAAAGUCCAAAAUCGAGAAACCUGAGGAAUCUUCAGAAGAAAUCAAUAAAAUUACUUCUGAAGAACCUCAGAGUCCACAACAGAAACCAGCGAAACAAAAGAAGAAAGAUGCGAAACAAGAAAAGGGGGACGCUGAAUUAAAACCUUCUGUUCCUGUAGCAGAAAUUGAUAAAGAAAAGUCCAAAAUCGAGAAACCUGAGGAAUCUUCAGAAGAAAUCAAUAAAAUUACUUCUGAAGAACCUCAGAGUCCACAAACACAACAGAAACCAGCGAAACAAAAGAAGAAAGAUAUAAAGCAGGAAUCAUUGAUGCAGGCUUUAACAGUUGGAAAAGUGGAGCAGGUGGUUGAAAUUGCAGCUGAAGAGCCUCAAACUGCAUCAACACCACAGAAACCAACGAGACAACAAAAGAAGAAAGAUGCGAAACAAGAAAAGGGGGACGCUGAAUUAAAACCUUCUGUUCCUGUAGCAGAAAUUGAUAAAGAAAAGUCCAAAAUCGAGAAACCUGAGGAAUCUUCAGAAGAAAUCAAUAAAAUUACUUCUGAAGAACCUCAGAGUCCACAAACACAACAGAAACCAGCGAAACAAAAGAAGAAAGAUAAAAAGCAAGAGAAAAGCAUGAUAGAAUUAAAAGGUUCUGAAACUGAAAUUGAUAAAAAAGAAUCGAAAAUUGACAAAUUUGAAGAAUCAACAGAAGUGACAACAAAAGAAUGCAACAAAUCAUAUGCUCAGGUUGCAGCUGCUGCUCGAAGAACCCCUCCUAAAGAAGAUAUCAUUCUAAUGCAACCAAUUCCUCUGAAAUACGACCAGAUUAUAGACGAAGUACCUGAAGACAACAAAAUUACUGAAAUAGAAGAAGUAACACUUACUACAAAGUUAAUAAGUGCACAAGAAAUGGAAGAACCUUCUAAAUCUGAAGAAAUUUCAGUAACAGAUUUGAAAAUUGAUGAAAAAGACACGUUUAAAGUGGAAUCAACCUCCUGGGUAGAAGAAAUCGAGAAAGAAGCUUUAGAAGACGAAGACAACAUAGAAUCUUCAACUUUGAACCUAACUGAAGUUGCUACUCCUGAAACGAUGAAAGAUUCAUGGGCUUCCAUAGUGGGCAAGCACGUAGAAUUCAUGGAGCCUGUUCCAGCACCCACUCCUGAAAAGAUUGUGGUGAAGGAAGAUCAAGAUUCGCCUCCGCAUGUACAGAUUCAUGUCGAAGAAGCUCCAGAACCGGUCCCAAUCGAAAAAGUUGUUCAAGUUGACGAACAAGGGUUCAUAGAGUUCGUGAACCGACGAGAACUACGAUCCAGAAGAUCCAGAUCUAGAUCCAGAAGUAUUAGAAGAGAAGAUACAACUUCGAAACAGGUUACUGAUAAGACAAGUUCUGAUGAAGAACAAAAGAAGAUUCAAAAAGUGGAAGGGCAAAAGAAAGAUAAAUCUAAAAAAGAGAAGAAUAAGGGUAAAACAAGUGAUGUUAAUGCUGAUCAAGGUAAAGAAAAAGAGAAUGAUAAUGCAAUAGUAAGUGAGGUCGAUGAAAAAGAAGAGAAGAAACAGCCAGAGAAGAAAGAUCAUUCAAAGAAUAAAGGUAAACCAAAAAGAGAUACGAUUCAAGAAACCAAAAAAGCUGAAGAAAAGGAUCAGUUGAAGGACGAGAAGCAAGAAGCACAACCUGAAAAACCUGAAAUUUUAGAAGAUAAACCAGAUAUAGAUGAAAAGAAGAAUAUCGAAGAACCAAAAACAGAAGUGAAAGAACAACCUAUCAGUGCUUCCAAGAGGAAUAAAAAAUCCAAGAAAGGGAAGCACGAUAAAGUACAAAAUAAGGAAGAAUAUGAAAGCAAAGAACAAGUGAAGCAAAUGGAUACAACGAAGACACAAAAAGAAGACCCAGAACAGCUAAAGAUUGAAGAAAUUAAAGAAGAACCAACACCAGUUGCAAAACCUGAAUCAGCUCCAAAAUCAGUAAAACGUAAAGAAAAAUCCAAAGAUAGAAAAGUGGAACAUUUAACAAAAGAAAUAGAAACCCCAGUUGAAGAGAAGAAAGAGCUAGAAUCUAAAGUCGAAGAAGAAGUAAAAACUGAUAUGCAACAGGAACACGUAAGUAAGGAAAAUCCUGACGAUGCUGAUUCUGGAGUAGAUGUUACAAAAGAAAAGUUUCAGGUGCCAGUGGUUGAAGAAAAAGAUAAAGUAACAGAAAAACCUGAAGAAGAGUCCACCGUGCCUUCCAAGAUACCUGUUGAAGAAAAGGUUGCAGAUAAUAAAGUACAAAUGAAAGAAGAUAAGGAAGAAGAAAAAGAGGAAGUGAAAUCCAAACUUUCAUAUCGAGAAAGAAGGAAACGAAAGAAGAAGGAAAAAUCACGUGCAGACAAGCAGAAGAAUGAAGAAAUAGAAACAGAUGCUUCAGAAACUACUAAAAAAGAAGAAAGAGAUGUAAAACCUGUAAAAUUGGAAGAAGAAAAAUUAACACUGGCCCCUGAGUCAAACCAAGAGACAGAAAUAAAGAAAAAUAUCAAAGAAACUAAGAAACCAGUUAUAAAAGUUGCUGAAGUAAUUGUCGACGAGAUAAAACUUGCACCUGAAACGAUGCCUAAAGUAAUACCUAAAGAAAAAACAGGAGAAGUGCCAAAAUUAAUUGAAGAAACCCAAGACCCAUCGAAAUUAACUGAAGAAAUAUUAAAAACGUUGACAGAUACGGUGAAGAAAUAUGUAAGUGAAGAAGAACCUGCUCCUGAUCCUAAAGAGAAGUCGAAACGUAAAAAUAAGCAGGCAAAGAAGGGUAAACGCGAAGAACAGGAAUCAGCAAAGGUUAGAGAUGAAGAAGUUAAUUUAUUGCAGGAUAAAAACAUUCCUGUUGUAAUGGCUGACGAGAUUUCAAAAGAUACUGCUCAAGAAAAAGUGGUUUCUGAGUCACAGAAGUCAGAGGUUCCUGAAAAACAGGAAGUUGUGGUUGAAAGAAGCGAUGAAGUAAUGAAGGAAGAUACUAAAGUUUUGGAUACUUCAGUAACUACAAUUACACAAGAACUUGAUCUUGAUAGUGAGACCGCCACAGAAAACAAGGAAGAUCUAGUUAAAGUCUCAAAGAAAAUUGAAGAAACUCCUGAAGUUCUUCCUGGCGAAGAGAAGGUUUCUCAGCAAGUUGAAGGAAUUCCUGAAAUUAUUCCCGAAGAAAAGAAGAUUUCUCAGCAAGUUGAAAGCACUCCUGAAAUUCUUCCUAAAAAAGAGAAGGUUUCUCAGCAAGUUGAAGAAAUUCCUGAAAUUCUUCCUAAAGAAGAGAAGGUUUCUCAGCAAGUUGAAGAAAUUCCUAAAAUUAUUCCCAAAGAAAAGAAGGUUUCUCAGCAAGUUGAAAGCACUCUUGUAAUUCUUCCUGAAAAAGAGAAGGUUUCUCAUAAAGUUGAAAGCACUCCUGAAAUUCUUCCUGAAGAAAAGAAGGUUUCUCAUAAAGUUGAAGAAACUCCUGAAAUUCUUCCUAAAGAAGAGAAGGUUUCUCAGCAAGUUGAAGGCACUCCUGAAAUUCUUCCUGAAGAAGAGAAGGUUUCUCAUAAAGUUGAAGAAACUCAUGAAAUUCAGCCUGUAGAAGAAAAGAUAUUGCAGCAACCUGAAAAACCCCCUAAACCUUCACCUGCAGAGGAGGAAAUAUCACAGAAAAUUGAAGAACCUCCUAAAUCUGUACCUGUAGAAGAAAUAGAAGAAAUCGAACCAUCGAUUGUAAAAGAAUUAGAAGACAUGAUCCAAGACACUGAUCAAAUCCCUCAAGAAAAUAUAGCCAUAGAAUCGUUAUUAGACGAACUUGAAGCACCGAUCGUGAUUGAUUCCAUUGAAUCCCAGUUAGAAACUGAAGAAGAAUUCGAGAAGUGCAUAUCGAGUGAGCCAGAAAUAAAGACAGCUGAUAUCGUGAUCGAACCAGCGAAACCCAAGGUACAAUUCUAUAUAGCAGACGAGAUUUUGGUUUUAAGUCCCGAGAAAAAGAAACCAGUCCAGACCCCAUUGAUCUUGCAAACUUUAUCAGAAAUCAAUGGCUCUAUCAACAAAUCGAAGUUCCUUUCCCUUGACAGCGGUUUCUGGCCAGACAAACACCCUUAUCACGAAGCUGAACGUUAUCUCUUCGAGAACUUAGCUAAUUACACGAAGCAAAAACCUUCCAGCGAGGUGAAUCGCGGUUCAAAUGACCCCGACGACUUCGACGGGGAUCACGAUGGUAGUUUAAACGAUCGUGGAGGAAACGGCGGUUCCACAAACCCAUACUUCAUGGGUGGACCCCAUACCGAACGUUUGAUCGCUGAUCUUCCUGGAGGUAUAGGUAGCUGGAGCGAUUAUAGUACUUACUUGUCGAGCGAAAACGAGCAGAGAACAGAUUUUCUUCAGGAAAAUGUCGAGAAUCCAACGUCAAAUCUUAUUCUUCACGAAUCUCUUUCUGAAUUAUCUGCUAUACAUUUCGAAGAUCAACAGUCCGCUUCCAAACGCGACGAAUUUUCUUUGGAGUAUCCUCCAUCUGAAAUAACGUUAGAAAAUUCCAAGGAGCUGAGAUUUCAACUGGUACCCCAUCGCGAAACGUCCAUUUCAGACGAACAACCUCCAACACCCGAGUCCACCUCGUUCCAUCGACAACUAGAACCCAUUGAUUCCGAACCGUACGAUUCAAUCGUUCCCUCAAGCAACCCUUUCCUCACUCCAGAACCCAUAGAACAUUUAGGUAGAGAAAGAGCAUCGAUGCAGCGGCACACUCCGAAUGUGGAGGCGGAGAAAGAGACGGUGGUAGCUGAAGAUGAGGCUGAAAAGAGGAUACGAGGGAUCAAGGACAUCAUACAGGAGCGUCUGAUGGUUUUACAGCUGAGUCUAUCAAACCUGAAAGGAACUCAUUUGCCACGAGAUAGCAUAGAUUCCAUGCUCUCUGCACUCACGAAUUUGCUGAUGGAACUUCGUGGUUACGAGCAAGAAACAAGGCAAUUAGAGGAGGAACUACAUAAAAUUCCAGCUGAUUCUGAAGCACAAAGGCUUCUGUCCAAUUUAGAGGAGGUUCAAACAAAAAUUGCCACCCUUUUGACCCAAGCUGAACAAGGAAAAGCGACUUUAGAUGGUGCACGUGGACAACAGGUGCAACGUGGUCACGACAUUCAUACUUAUAAACAAUUUUUGGACGAAACCGAUUCCUGGCUGAAGAACAUUGUUGCGAGCAUGAAGGAAGAGCAACCUAUCACUACGAACAAGGCUUUGCAGGACGAGUUAAGCAGUCACGCGCAACGGGUAUCGGAGCUUGAAUCAUUGCCAGAAAUCAGCACGCUGGCAAAGGUCCUGAAGAAUGCUCUGUUGGAGGUGAUGUCUCGUCUUCAGCAAAGGCAGCAGGAGCAAGGUGACGAGGAAGCUCGAGCCGACGAAGCGUCGGACCGAGAUGACGCUACCCUCGAUCAGGCACCCUCAAUUCAUUCGUCCCUCGAGAGUAGCAUGCCAUCUUUGGCCGACGUUUCCCUACAAACUGGUCAAAGUCUUCUAGAAAACGACGUCGUUGAGAAACCGCAGCAAGUGUCUAAACAGACGUCCACGAAUCAAAUGCCGCCAUCAACAGUAUGUCACUCGUUAACCACGCAGACGGUGGACACGAUGCACCCAGACGUCGAGAAUCCCCAAACCCAGGAAACUAUAAAGAUCCUGAAGACCACAGAGGGUGAUCACGACGUGAUCGAAAUAGCCACGAAGAAUCUACCCUCCGCAUCGGUCCAAGAAAUCGUUCAAGAUCGUCCUGACACCAUUGCUGAAGACAUCGUCGUUGACAUGAAGUAUCAGGACCCAACGAACAAGGACAACACUACUAGCGAAUUGAACAUCUUCCAUGCUGCUCCGCAGUCCUUCGAAACGGUUCUGGUCGAACCGGACGACGUGACGACCGAGGUGGUAGUAGAUGAAGACGGCUCGAAGAGGAUCAUCGUGAGGAAACUGAGACGAACCACGAUGACUAGCAGACAAACCACUCAACAACACUUGUCGUCCAUGUCGACAGCGAUCGGAGACGCUCCAUCCAUGGUGCACGCCUUCUCUGAAGCCACCAUGAGGAACCAGCAGGUCACCGUCACCACCGCCAAACCAAACGGCACCAUAGAAACGAGCACCAAACAGAUUUACGGAGGAAGAGUGGCCACUGGAACACCGUUCAAGGACGUGAACGUAGAAGAAUACGAAUCAGCGCCGCAGUACACUCAUGUAGUGACUCAAGGACAAAUAAGAGACAUCAGUCCGCAGCCUCUCGAAGAAGGUAUCCUGAUGGAGGGCGGUGAAUGCCAGGCGAAGACGUCGAGUGUGCACGCAGUGGUGCAGCAAGUGACUAGAAGAGUGGUCAGGAAGACUAGAAGGAUCAUUCGAAAAGUGACGAUCGUCGAUGGCAAGGAGACUGCUACGGAGGAGAUAAUAGAGGAACCUGAAGAAGUUGAGAUAGACGAGAAGAGUAUUCCUCAUAUCAGCAUCAAUGUGAUCAAACAGGAGGAUCAACGACACCUUGGCGCAGAAACUCAGAUCGAAGAAGAGAAGGAAGGUCGUCCUAAGAUUGAGAAGAUCAAGGAUGAAGAAGAUAAAAUGGACAAAGAUGGAGGAUUGAAGGACGUCACUAGGGCUGACACUCCUAUGCAAGGACCUUUCUUCGGCGCCUUUGCUAAGGACAUGCAUCCAUGCGCGAAUCAAGAACCAGAAGAAGAAGAAAUUUCCCCUGACACUGGAAAAGAUGUCGAAGCCGAAAGGAAGGUUACAGAUGUUAUAGAAAUUUCUGAAACAGAACAAGUUGAGGAAAUAUCACAGCAAGCUCCAAUUGAUAGCCAAGUUGCUGAUGAGAGUCUGAAGCCAGAAUUACUUGAGAAGAAACCUGAAAUAGUGGACAAGUACGAGCACGAGCAAUUCCUGGCCGAGGUAACUGGUAAAAAAUCUCUUCCAGUGAACAGUCAAGCGUUCAUCGAUGCUGAAGUAUCCGCUGCUUUGCAGAGUCCCAGUCAAGAGAUCAAGAUCCAAGAGGUUUCUCAGGUAGCAGAAGAAUCAAUCAGAUCUCCGAUUGAUUCCACGGUGUCGGAGGAUGUACCGAGCAUCGAGAAAGCGACCUGUAAGUCAGACGGUGCACCAGUAAUCAUCGAAACACCUGUUAUGGAGGUAGAAGGUCGCACGGUAGACGUAGAAAAGCACCCUGGCACCGUAGAUGCUUCCGUGCUUGAGGAACAGCCGAAGAAAGCACAAGAUCUAUCCGAAGAAAUACCAAAGACAGUUGAAAUUUCAGGAGAACCUGAAGAACCAGUCGAAACGAAGAAAGAAGAAACACGUGUCCUACCGAUUAACGUGAAACAACAAAUAGUGAAGGACUCGUUCGUUCCUGAAAUCGAUUACGAUUACGUUGACGAAGCUCUGAAGCCGGAAUACAAACCCAUCUUCCACAAGGUGGAGAUAUCUCUGGCUGUGAAGAAAGAGGGAGAAGAAGCUGAGCCUAUGGUGUCUGUGAAGAGUCAAACUGAACCACGACUCGCACCCUACGGUAUGGUGAAGGAGGAUGUAGACAUCAGUCUGCCAGCAGACAAAGAAAGUACGUCUGUAAUUCACGAUAAGAUCGUUCAGACGUCUCCACCAAUGCUAGAACGACCCGUUACCUUGGAGAAAGAGGUUGCUACCUCGGACAAGCCGGUGAACACUUCAGAAAAAGAAGUUGCUACAUCGGACAAGUCGGUGAUCACUUCAGAGAAAGAAGAAACGGAUAAAUCGAUCAUCACUUCGGAGAAGGAUGAAACUUCGGACAAGUCAAUCGUUGCGUCAGAAAAAGAAGAAGAAUGUCAAGCGAAGCCCACAGAAUCCGAAGAAGAUACAAUUACUACAAAAAUCGAAGAAGAAAUCGGUUCACCUAUGAAAUCGAGCACUUCCUUGAUUUCAAACCUUGCAGAUUCUAUGGAGAUUGAUAUCCCUCUGUCAGAUUCCUCGAAACAGGUUAGCGAAGCUCCUCAACCGGACGUGACGAAGAUGUUCGCAUCGGGUGAGAUGGAAUUGUCAUUGAAGGAUGAAACUUCGGAAGGUGAAGAUGGAUACGAGGCGGACAGGACGAUGGUGUCGACCACCACGCCGGAUGAUGAAAAUAUUACGAGGACGAAGAAGAAGAAGAAGAGGAAGCAGAGAGUGAGAAGCUCCAGAGAAGAAGAACCGACAGAAUUUCCUAAGACCACUACCGACGAUGGAGAAUUCACGGACGAUGUGACACCGGUGGACAGCGAAGACGCCAAGGCGACGAAGAAGAAAAAGAAGAAAAGGAAGAGGGAGGAGGUUGAUCCUAACAAGGAUAAACCUUCGCGAACUCAAGAAUUCACUGUCUCUGUAGCUACGUCUCCGAAACACGAAGAAGUAUCGGAGAUUUACGUACAGACAUCGCCUCAAUUAGAAGGAAGAAGGGUGUCGGAGAUUUCAGAUAUUCACAAACAAGUACAAACUUCGCCUCAAGCUCCUGAAGAUGUUGAAGUACCCAAAGUCGAAGCUCACGCAGAGAUGCAAACAUCUCCGUUGCCUGGUCUAGAUUUCAGCAGCCAAACGGUUCAAGAAGAAAUCCACAAACAAGUGCAGACCUCGCCUCAAAUCCCUGAAGAUAUCCAAGUACCCGAAGUCGAAGAAGUUCAUACAGAAAUGCAGACAUCUCCGUUGCUCGGCUUAGACUUCAGCACCCAGACCGUUCAAGAAUCGCCUGAAACGCAUCAUUCGGAGAUGCAGACUUCUCCAUUACCUGGCUCAGACUUUGCUGUUCAAACUAUCAUAGAAAAACCUACAAUCGAAGAAACGAGUACACAAACGUUAGAAAUACCUAGGAAAGAAGUUGAAGAGUACGCUGUUCAGACCAGCCCGAUUGAAGAUAUUCAGGUGACAGUUGUUUCGGCGGAAACUGAAGAGACCCAGGUGCAAACUGUACCUAUGGAUGUAGUUUCCAUGGAGGCGCAGACGUCGCCAACAGUACCAUCCAUAGAAAUGGAGACUCAGACUUUGGAGAAGACAGUGGUCGCUGUUGAACAGCAAACGACUCCUUCGCCAAUUGAGGAGAAGGUUUCCACUUGCAUUGCUGUUCAGACAGUGACCCCUGAAGAGCCUGAGAUCGUCGAAACGGAGUCGCAAACCAGUAAACCAGAAACGACCACGUUGGACUUCAACGUUCAAGCAGAUCUAGCUAAAGAGACACCGUUCGAGGUGAUAGAAACCCAGACUACUCCCAUGGAGAGUCCUCGACAGGCUGUUACUCAAGAAACGGAGUCGCAGACGAUUUUACCCCAACCAACUCAGGAAAACACGAUGCAAACCAGCCCGAUCAGUGUCUCCCCGAUUGGAGUCGACGUUUGUGAACUUUCUGCUCAAACCAGUCUCGAAGAAACGAAACAACUGAUGGAUGAACACUCGCAGACUAUUCCUCCCGAGAAGAUAGAAACGUUAGAUAGCUCGGUACAAAUAAAGACGAGCGAAUUAGUCCCUGGAGUAGAGGAGAGUGUCCAGAUCAUCCCUGAAACACGCGACGUUCAAACGAGCGUCGAAGAAGAGAAGCCGUCGUUCGCGACGAUUUCUCAGCAAACGAAUGAAACGUUGCAAGAUUCGUUAUUUAAGAAUGAUGCGCAAGGAGUACAAGCCACAGUGGACGUGGUGGACGCGUCGACGGAUGCAAUGACGCCUGUAAAAUAUAUAGAAAUUCCAGUAGCACCUGAUGUACAAGUACAAGAAACAAAAGAAGAGUUAAUGAUGAUAAGGAGCACGAAAGAGCAGCCGUCUUCCACAGACGAGUUUAUAGAAACCGAACGAUUGCAAGGACUAUUGGAGCAAGAUGAGCCAAAGUCCGAAGAUAAGGAAUUAUCAGUCAGCGAUGACACCACGAAACCUACCGACACCUCGCAGGACACCAGUAUCAGCGAGGAUUUGAACGCAGCCAAAGUGGACGAUGGCAGCCUUGGAAGAAGACACAAGCGAAAGAGAAGACAUAAGACCAUGGAAAUCAGCUCACCGAGUGAAAAGGACCUUGAGUCCAUCUUUGGCCACCCCGUAGAGUCGAAAGAUCUGUCUUUAAAGUUAUCCUAUUCAGACGUUGCUAAGAAGAAUGUAGGCAAAGAGAAGUCUCCUCCUGGAGAUACACAUUUGGAAAAAAUUUCUGAAUCAGAGGAUGCUUCACAAAAAGAAGAAAAUGAAUCAAUGGUCAUCAAGGAUGCUCAAGAUGUAUGGACUCUGGGCACGGAGAAACCAGAUUCGGAAGUUCAACAAGUACCAAUGCACAUGCCUUCGCCCGAACCGAUGGACACAACUGAAGAACCAUUCUCACCUGCUGAGUUCGUCUUGCAGGAGGAAGAUCGACCUAGGAUUAAAACUUACGCGGACAUUAUCACUGAAUCUUCCAAAAAGCUUGAUCCGAAAUACGAAGAAGUGGACCAAGCUUCGUGGGAGAUGUCUCAUCACCCAGUCCCACCGAAGGGUGCCAGUUCGAAGGCCUUCCUGCUAGCUGAAACGAUGGAAUACGAUCCUCAGCUUCAGGUCACUCAAAGUAGUCAAACCACCAAGGCGAUUUCCGAUCGAAUGCAAUGUCUUCGAAACGCCAAACAGCCUAGCCAUCUGGGAAACAUUCUCCAUAUCGCUCACUUAGAUCAAGUAGCGAACGAGAAGUUAGCCGAAGAGCGUGCUGCUGAUGUGAGGAAAGAAUUGUCUCGUCUGAAAGACGCUGCUCAAGAGAAAGAUUCGAUAGCCGCGGAAGAAACCCUGGUUGUCAUCGUGGACACUAUAUCCACGUGGUUAGAGACGAUCGAAUACAGAAUCUUCCUGAGCAAGGAGUGUCCCAGUGGACCAUCCCACGAGGACAAGACUUACGUCGAACUGAAGGACGAAGUGGAGAACGUAGAGGAGAAUAUACACGAAUUGAACGAUAUUUGGAAAUUGGUCGAGACUAAUUAUCCAGAGAGCGAUCGUGUCAAUUUGCAGGAGUGUUUAGACGCUCUUAUGCAUCAGGUGAAGAUGAUCGAGGACGUAACUGCUGACAGCGAGAAGCAUGUCACCAGCGAACUUGCAAGGUGGGAUGAAUUUGUGAACGGAGUGCACAACAUGUACAGAUGGAUCGAGGAGCAACGCGAACAGCUGAACAACGUCGUCGAGCAAGAAGCAUCCACGCAAUGGAAGCUCCAGGAGCUGGACAAGCUCGAAAACAUAAAUCGUUGUCACAUGUGGAAAAUCGCGUCUCUUCUCACCACUUCACACGAAUUACUCCGCGACUACCCCGGCAAAAAUAUUCCGAGAGAAACCUACGCUGCUCACGAAAUGACGAAAAUGAUCGAACACGACAUUUCCAUCGAACGCGAACGUCUUCUGCAGCUGUUGGCUCUUGCCGAGGAAUACGAGCAGACUCUCAGAGAAUUUGCUGAGAUCACCGAGAUUGCAGAGAACUUGUUGAACAGUCCUAUAUCGGUGAUGAGUUUAGAACAUCUUCAGGAAGAGAUGCAGAAGCAUAGGAAGUUCUUUGUCAAUCUCAAUCACUGUCGAACGAUCCUGGAGUCAUUGGAAGGCAAUUUGGACCCUGAAACGAGGACCAAGUAUUCAGACCUUCACGAAGAACUGCAUAGCAGAGCUACGUCUCUGUUGGAUCAAGCUGCAUCCAGGGCGCAACAAAUGGCUCUAGCUGCGUCCAGGUGGAUGCUACUGGAACAAGGGAUCAAAGAAGAAAGAGGGUGGCUCCAGGUUGCUCAUCAACGGGUACCUGGCCUCCAAAAUGUGAAGUCGUCUGAUUACGAUCAGUACAUCUCUCUGUACCAAUCUCUGGAAACGGAUGUGGCGAAGCAUCACGCCAGGAUCGUUCAGCUUCUGAACGUAGCUCGCAGUCUUAAGGAACUUGUGAACAUCGAAGAUCCUGAGGAUCGUUACAGAGAAGCUUUGGAUGUGAUCGUGAAGCUUCAGAUCGACGUGCAACGGUCGUUGGGAACAUUGUUGAAGUUUAAGGAGAAAUGGAUCCUUCAUGAAUCAUUGAAGAAUCGAUUGAAAAACUGGAUGACGAAGGUGGAGAAGGAGAUGCGCGAACCUGAAUAUUAUCUAUCCGUGGAUCAUUUGCACGAAUUUUGGGAAUUGAAGGCACAAUACGAAGUCCACCAAAAUAUGAAACUAAAGGCACACGAAAGUUUCGUAGACGCCCUCAGAAUAAUCGAUUGCCGGGACGAUAUAUGGCAGAGAGAUUUAUACAGGCAAUUUGAAGAUGUUUGGUUCGAUGUAACUGCACAUAUCAAGUACAUCGAAGAACAGUUGAAACAAAACAUCUACCCUAAAGACAUAUCGCCCAACGAAGAACUGAAACUCCUUGAAAGACGAUUGAACGAGUUAAGAAUGACCAUGGAUGGUUUCCAUGGUGUCCUGAAGACCGAAGAAGAAUUGGAUCUCUACAUCGAACGACUCGCUGUUCUGUUAAAUGAAAUAGCAUCGAUUCAUUGCGGAAUAAGUUCUCUAAAACUGCUUUCACUACCGGCGAUCGAGAAAGCCGGUGUUUUGCUGUCAUCGGCUUGCAGGAUCGAAGAUCAGAUCAGGCAGGAAUUGAACGUUGCAAAGUUGCUGAGGGAAAGGCUUCAGGCUAUUCAUCGUGGUCUGAAUCGUGUCAGGAAAGCUCAUCAAGAGCAAUCAUCUAUAUUGGACCAAUGCGAGGGAAGCGAACGACAGGGGAGCGACGUGGUCGCAACUGCUGUUGAUCGUUGUCAAACGGUCGCUGAUGAACUGGCACUCUUGUGGCAGGAUAUCAUGGAACUCAGACAAUUAUUACACACCUUGCCUACUAUCACGAAAGUCUCUAUGUCGCCUAUCAGCGUCGAAAGAGACAUUUCGAACCUGCAGGAUGCGCAUACCGAUCUCGAGGCUAGAUGUUCUCGGUUGUUGCCGUUGUUGAGGAACAGGCUUGCUCUGUGGAGGAGGUUCGAAAGACAACUUGAAAUGGUGCAGCAAUCUGUUCAGGAGGCUGAUUAUAUGAUGGAGUUGCUGACGGUUCAAGAAUCGGUUGAUUACGACAGACUACUCAAAGCUACCGAACGGUUGGAGGGUCUCAGCGGUGAUUUGGGAGCCCGAGAAGUUCUCAUUGGCGAAUUGCGCGAAGCUGCCGAACCUCUGCGGGAGGGUUGCGCUGCAGAGGUCCGCGAGAAGGUCGAAGCGGCGGUAAAUGAGGCCGUGCAAGCCUGGGAGGACACCAGGGCCGAAUUAGAUGCCCGUUGCACCAAGUAUCAGCACGCGUGCAGAUUGUGGGAACAGUACAAAGACUCGAGCGCCGCGGUGAAGGCCUGGGUGGACACCCAGAUGGACACCGUCGCCAACCUACCGCCCGAAGAAGCCGUCAAACAGAUCAAGAUUUGCGAAGAAACGAUGGCGGAACACAAGGAAAGGUUGGCGGAGCUUCGUGGCCUGGUGGCGCAAAUUGCAUCGGACGUCGGUUUGGAUGCAAGUGGGCCAUUGCACUGCGAGGUAGAGGCCCUUGGACAACGUCUCGAAGACAUCCGAGAGACAUUAUCGUCUCUCGCAGAUGCCGCGGACGCUCGUGCCCUUAACCAGGAGCUAGCACGUGGCGAUUUAUGUCAGACUAAAAAUUUCUUGGACUCCAUCCAACAGAGCCUCGCCGCAGCGAACGAAGACGAGUCGAAGGAGCAGCUGAAGCUCCUGAGGAAUCACCUCCUCGCCCUCACCUGUACAGAACCCCAGCUGCAAUCAAUCAAGGAGCGCAGCUUGGAGGUGUCCUCGCAGGAACCAUCGGUGGUGGAGGUUCUUCAACUAUGGCAGAAGGUCUUCAGGGAAACCUUUCAACAGUAUCAUCGUCUGUCCACUCGUCUAGUCAAAACUCAGGACAGCGUGACCGCCCUUAAACUCUGGCAAGAGUACCUAUCCCACGUGCAAGACUUCCUGUCCAACGACGUCCCCGCCGACUACAGCGGUUUGUCGGAGCACAGAAAUCUCUGCGAGGUUCAUCAGAACCUACUGACUGAUCAACAGAAUCUCAUCCUCACCGUUCGUUCGGAGGAGGGCGGUAACCUGUCCACCACCGAACAAUUCAACAUCCUGACGAAUCUGCACAACGAAACGUUGUCGAAAAUUAUGGAGAGACACGCGGCUGUACGCGAUAGGCUGACAGCAUGGGACAGGUACAAGGUUGACCAAAGUAAACUGCUCGGUUGGUUGAAGGAGAUCGAGAGAGAACGAAGCCAACUUCAUCUUCGGUUCAUUCAUCUAAGGAGGCUCGACAAGAUCCUCCAAAGGAUACAAGCGUUAUUGGAUAAGAUACCGGAAGGCGAGGCUCAGUUGAAGUCCCUUCAAGAGCAACAGGAAACCCUGUUGAUCAAUUGCGACGGGGCAUUGGCUGCGUCCAUCCGCAUGGAACACGCAGCUGAUUCCCAAAGGAUAGCGAAUCUCAGCGCAGGUUUGGAGACUUGGAGAGAUUUCAUUCAGAAGAUACAGAAACUCCACGCUGAAUACGAAGAACAAACGAGAAAUAUCAGCGCGACUUUCGAGGAGAUUAGUCAAACAUUAAGCACAGCUUUCCACGCGAAGGCUGCAAAUGUUUCGAGGACCAGCGAACAGCUGGAAUCCGUUCGACAACUGCAGGACAGGCUGUCCAACAUGAGCACCGAUUUAGAAUCUCUCGGUGUUAUUACAGAACAGUUGAGAGAGUGUCUGAGUCCUUCGGACGUGAAGUCCUUGAACCAUCAACGAACACUUCUAUGCCAACAGCACGGAGACCUCGAACACCAGGCUGCAUUAUUAGCGUGCAGAUUAGACGAACGUUGCAGCCUCUACGAUCGUUGGGUGGAUAAAUCGAGAAAAUUGUACGUAUCGAUCGUUAAUAUUAUGUCGAAUAUUCAGAAACACGAUUCCACGUGGAAAUCUAAAGACGCGCAGAAGAGACUGGUAUGCGAAUUGCAAGCAGAGAUCGCUUUGCAACAGAGAGACUUAUUCUGGGUGCAGAGCACCGGGCAAGAUCUGCUCGAAGUUGCCGACGAGAAGGAGAAAGAGAGGAUUCAACGAUUCCUCGAUCGCGUGAACGAGAAGUGGGAUCGUUUGACAGCCAUGAGCAAAGCAAGGGCGAUUAAAUUAGAAAAUUUCAUCAGAACCAUGGAAACGUUGGAGAGGAGGUUGAACGAGAUGUUGAGUAUGGUGGCAGGCAUCGAAAUGGCUCAGCGAUCGAAAACCCCGGUGACCGAUCAGAGUCGUAUCGACAGAAAGUUUCAGGACCUGCAGCAUUACAGCAGCAUCAUCGAUGCUGAAAGUGCCAACGUUAGUGAAGUGUUAAAUCUCGCGGAGAUAUUCUUAAAGGACAGCUCGAACUACGUGUUCGAGUCAGACACGAGCGACAUUUCGAGGGACAUGUGUGAUUUAGAGAAAAGAUGGGAUAAGAUCUGUAUAGAGGUGACAGGAUCCGAAGGUUACUUUAAGUCAUGGGUUCGCAAGGCUCUUGAGAAGCUAGAGAAGAUUACUAUAGAACACGAAGACUGGCUCAGAGAGACGGAUAGCGUUCUGUCCGAGUUGGAGAACAAUCUCGAUGAACUUUCCAAAGAGGAAACCGAUAAGGCCAUCGAGAAGGCUAAGAGGAUCCUCGAGGAUGUCGAAGGUCACGAGUCGGUGAUAGAGUUAAUUAAAUGGAAUGUUCAUAAGUUGGUAACGUAUUUAGAGAUAGAUAAUCUGAAAUCCGUUAUCAGCGGAACCUACCAGCUUAUCGAUAAGUGGGACACGUUGAAACCUAGAGUGAAUACCGUUCUAUCGGUGCUUCAGCGAGGUCAAAAGAAUUAUCGCGACUUCAUUACGGUGCACGGUGCCGCGGUCGUCGGUUUGACGCAAGUUGACGUUAGAUUGACGAGGACUCAACACCUCGCGACGCCUGAGCAAAAAGCGUCUGCUCAAUUAAGAUUGCAACAGUUGAACGAGAUCGAGGAAGAGUUGAGGACUCUGAACGUUACGCUUCAAAGGGCCGACGAAUUGGCGUUGAAAGUUAUGCAAGAAUGUCAUCCGGACGAAGUGGCGAACAUUCAGGAGCUGGUGGACGAGUACCAGUUACUAUGGACUGAUAUCAAGGAGAGAGUGGCAUCUCUGAGGGCAGAAAUCGAAGGGCAAGAGAAGAAGGAAGUUGACGAAGCUGUACAAGUGGAAACUUUGAAAUUUGAGCAAGAUUCUGCUGUACAGGUGGACACUUUGCCUAGGUUACUGAGAAUGACUUCCAGUGACGCUUAUCUGAUGGAACUGGAAGCUGCCUUGAUUGAAUGCAAUGAUGCUUUGGAUACAUUGGAAGUAGCAGUUACCCCGGAUCCUGUUGCCGGACCCGGGUUAAAUGCUAGUGCUAAGCAUAUAAGUAAAUUGAUCGGAAGCUGCCAGUCAUCGAUCGAACUGGCUCGUCAUCUGCACAGCUUGCUCCUCGAAGACGGGAAAUUGAGUCCUCAGGUUGCCAAAGUUGACGAAGUGACCGCAUUGACCAACAGAUACGAGAAUCUUUUAAUACUGGCAAGAACGCGUGAACAACAAAUUAGGGAACUCAGAUCGCCUAUGAGUGACGUUUACACCUCUCCCUGUGAUCAUGAUAAUGGUAGACUGACCUGUCCCCUGUGUUCCCAUCGCAAUUGGGCCCAACUGGAAAACGACCUUUGGAGAUUAGAAAAAUGGUUAGAAUUCGCUGAAGGUACUCAAAGCGAGCAGCAUUCACCACCGAGCAGUAUAGAACAGCUGGAGGAUGUGAUUCAAGACCACCGUGAAUUUCUACUCGAUCUCGACUGCCAUAAGAGCAUCCUCGUCGGUCUGAACACGGUGGGUGCUCAUUUAGCCGAUCAUACCGAAGAAUUGUGCCGAGCCAGCCAGCUCAGAGACAGACUGACCAUCGCGAACACAAGAUGGGACAAAGUGUGCUCGUUGGCUGCACGUUGGCAGGAACAGCUUCAAGUUUCUCUUAUGUCGAAUCAACAAUUCCAUCGCAUCAUAGAAGAGUUGCUUUCUUGGUUGGAGAAGACGGAAAUGAGUAUAAGAAUCAGCGAACCGGUUGAUUUGACCAAAUCGCCUGAAAUUAUGACCGCCAAAUAUAAUAAAUUCAGGGAAUUGAGAAGUGACUUAGAGCGAUGCGAACCUCGUGUUUUGUCGCUUCAAGAGGCGGCAAAUCAAUUACUGGACGAGAAAGGCGAAACCAGAGCACGUCUGCAGGAACUUCGACUCAGGUUGCAGUCGCUUCGACGACUCACAGGGAUAUACGCUUUAAAAUUAGGGGCAGCAUUAGGGAUGGACCCUAGAGAGGUUGGACUUGCUGCCACCACUUCUUCUCUUGCUUCCCUUUCUCAAGACCUGCUCGACGAAGCUGCCUCUGGAUCCGCUCAACCCCACGACGCAUCUAGCACAGAUGGUGACGAUGGCCAACGAACGGUAUUGUCUCGAGGAUACCGUUUCCUGGGCCGUGUUUUAAGGGUUUCGUUGCCGAUUCAAGCCCUGAUGUUGUUGGUACUUGGGAUCACCUCCUUGGUACCAUCCACCGAAGAAGACUACAGUUGCAUGCUGUCGAACAAUCUCGCCAGAAGUUUCACACCGAUGCUCCUCUAUACGAACGGACCUCCGCCGAUUUAACAUUAAAACGGCACAAUACGAAACGCAUCGACUUAGCUAGUCCUCGAAGAACGUUCAAUCGAAAUAUUCCGAAAAAUCGCGGCAAACGGAAACGAAAUUUACGUAGCUAUUUAGCUAGUCUCUCGUACAAUGACGUACCAUUUCCACCGUGCUAUAGAUGAAGAGGACACUCAUGGAUCUCCGUGGCUCACGAAAGUCAUCGAGACAAUUACACGUGUGAUAUAACGUUUUGUAGUCGUGUAGAUUAAAACACGUUAAGGACCAAGAAACAAACGGUUCCGUUUCGCUUAUUUACAAUUGUGAUCUUCGUUCGAUAUUUGCGAAUUUGUCAUUGUGCAAUAUCUUCGACAAGAUUUCCGAAGAUAAUGUAAGAGUAUGUACGACCUCUACGAACGAUUUAACACGGUUAUCGACGAAUUUGUUCCGGUUUCGAUCAGUUAACCACAUCCGACAUUCCAUGUAACAUUAUCGCGUUUCUAUUUAUACAAACACACUGUUGAUAUCGUUCCUUUGAUUAAUUAUCCACCUUUUUCGUUUUUCUUUUCUUUUUUCCUUUGAUUAUUAUCUGUACAGAGAACGAGAGAUCGAGAGAAAAAGAAAAAACGAGAAAGGUUUAAUGUCACAUGGAAUGGACGAAAACGUGUUAACGAUUAAAUUAUUAAUUAACGAAUCGCUUACGUGCACACACAGAUUAACUACGAAACUUGUAUGAAAAAAAAAGAGAUUAAAUGAUAUAUAUAUAUACAUACAUACAUAUAUUAUAUACUUUCAACGAGUUUCGCGUUUUUACGGUUAGUACGUGACGAAAGAUUAAUAUAAUCUUGUUCCGACUUUAUUUUUUAUACGUUGCGUUUAUAAAUUGAGAAUGAAGGAAUAGAGAGAAGCGGUUACUUAAAAAAGAGAAUAAUUAAGAACGUAAACGUCCACUGACCGAUUUCUUCAGCGUGUUCGCUAAAUCGCGCUGGUCAUUGGUGCUAGUUCGAUGGGAUAGAAAGAAACACAAUAAUACAUUAUAUUGGUAUCUAAUAUAUUAUAGAAUUGAAUUUCGAACUCUGUACGGUUACUUAAGGAUGGAUGAAUGAAAAAGUUAAAAAAAAAAAAAGAAAAAGACACAAGUAUCGCAUAAUAAUAAACGAAGUUACCCGUUGCUGGAAGAUGAUGUUUUAAGAGAACGAUCAUUAUACAGGAUACGCACAAAUGGAUCACGAAUUCUAUUCGAGGUACAAAAUAAGAGAACCGAUUGUAUUUAAAAGUGGCCCCGCUAGAAUUUCGCUUCCUAAUUUAAAUGGUAUCUUGCUUGCUACGCGAUCGAGCUUUGUUAUGUAUUUUUAUAAGGACAGAGCUUUCCGAAGACGGUGUACAUCUGUCGAUGUAAUAUAAUUACAAUAAAUUGAGACCUAUAUAAUUA